GGCACUUCGGGAGCUAGGAAAAGCUACGACGCGCGACGACGGGACUUAGUCGACUUGUGGUCGGUUAGGUCGUUUUCCCCCAAAGCUCUUGUACAGCUUGUAGAAAGGCGAACCUCGACGACCUCCAGCGCGAGGGGAGUUCGAUCGCGUAGCGGUGCGCGGGAGCUGCACAACGGGUUUGCCGUGGGGUUUUGCAGAACUACAGUUUUCUUGUGUGUCUGCGCGCAAGGUGAAGACAAGACAAAAUGUGAGCCGCUGAUCCGAGCUGAUCAAGAGUGCUGCUAGAGAGUGAUCGAAGAAGCCAACUGGGGAGUCGUGCUGGGUGGCAUAUCUGGCCGGAAUCUGCGAAAGAAAAGAGUGAAUAUCUGGUAAAGAUCGUGUGUGCACAAAAAGAAAUAUUUUCAGUGAAGAGCAAACAGCAGUGAGUACACACAGUCACAUGCUGCCGUGAAGAAUGAGGUGAAAAAGUGAUCGGGUACCUCUCUCUCGACUAGUGUGCAAAAUGCUGGUAAAAUGUCAAAGGAGCAUAGCGAGCAAUACCAGUGACGACAAGGGAACCUUAAGAAGAAACUGAAACGAAACGGUGACGAUCGGGGGACGACGAUCACCGGAUAUGGUAGCUGUUGCUGCAUGGAGUGAAACCAGGACGGUGCUGCGACCAGAACGAGGAAUAUUCGCAAAAAUGAAAAUAUUUUUGCCACUAGUGGUGUGGCUAGUGCUGUUAUUUCGGACGGCGAGUUCACAGUACUCGGCGUCCCGGAAAAACGUCGGCAUCUUCGGGCUGAAGCACGAGGUGUUUUUUCUGAACCUGGAGGACGGCUACUUCGGCUGCCAGGUCAACGAGUCCACAGACUAUCUGCAGCUGUACGAGCUGUCCAAGCUGUGUGAUGGCACAUCGGACUGCUACAUGGGCUCCGAUGAGCUUAGAAAUAAGUUAAAAUGUACAAAUGAUUGUGAUAAAGAUGGCACGGCCUGCUCGAACGGAGCGUGCCUAGAAGGCCAAUGCCAUUGUAAUGAUGGCUUUGGAGGUUGCAAUUGUCAAGUUCCAGACGAAAACGAGUGUAAAUAUCGACCCUGUGACGUUUUCGCACACUGUACAAAUACUUUAGGUAGCUUUACUUGCACCUGCUUCCCGGGCUAUCGGGGAGACGGCUUCCAGUGCGUGGAUAUUGACGAGUGUCAAGAUCCAGCGAUCGCCGCGCGAUGCGUCGAUAACGCGGAAUGCUGCAACCUUCCGGCGCACUUUGUGUGCAAAUGCAAGUCAGGCUUCGAAGGGGACGGCGAGGAACGGUGUACAGACAUCAACGAGUGUCUGGAUCCUCAGGCGUGCGGCGUGAACGCCGAGUGCGUCAACGUGCCCGGCAACUACACGUGUCUGUGCCGGGACGGCUUCGUCGGCGAUCCGUACAACGGGUGCGCCGACGUGGACGAGUGCGCCCAGCCGGGAGUUUGCGGACCAGGUGCCAUAUGUAUGAAUGUGGAGGGCGGUUAUCGCUGCGACUGCCCCGCCGGAUUCGAUGGUGACGCACGCUCGGCCCAGGGAUGCGCCGACUUUGACGAAUGUACCCGUUCCCCCUGCGGACGGAACGCACUGUGCCGAAAUGACGUGGGAAGCUUCCGGUGCGAGUGCCCGGAAGGAUUCCACGGUGACGCGAUGACGGACUGCCAAGAUAUUGACGAAUGCUCGAAUAACCCGUGCGCCGAGGGCGCCCAGUGCAUCAACACGCCCGGCGGCUUCCGGUGCAGUUGCCCGGCCGGCAUGACCGGCUCGGGUGACGGCCACUGCGACGACAUUAACGAGUGUGCGAGGGCUAACGCUUGCGGAGAGAAUGCCAAGUGCAUCAACUUUCCCGGAUCGUACAAGUGCUUGUGCCCGCAGGGCUUCCAGGGACGGGGUGAACUGUUUUGCAAAAAUGUAAACGAAUGCCUAGAUAAUCCGUGUGGGGAAAACGCAAUCUGCACCGAUACGGUUGGUAGCUUUGUUUGCUCAUGUAAGCCAGAAUACACGGGAGAUCCAUUUCGGGGCUGCGUCGACAUCGACGAGUGUACGGCGUUCGACAAGCCGUGCGGCAACCACGCCAUCUGCGAGAACGCCAACCCGGGCUACAACUGUCUGUGCCCGCAGGGUUACGCCGGAAAGCCGGACCCGAAGAUCGCUUGCGAGCAGGCGGACGUUAACGUGCUCUGCAAGAGCAACUUUGACUGUACCAACAACGCGGAAUGUAUCGAGGGGCAGUGCUUCUGCCAGGACGGAUUCGAACCGCAGGGCUCGAGCUGCGUCGAUAUCGACGAAUGUCGGAUGGACGCGCACGUGUGCGGACCGUCGGCGAUGUGUAUCAACACGCCCGGAUCGUUCCGAUGUGACUGCGAAGCUGGAUUUAUUGGAACGCCACCGAGGAUUCAGUGCAAGACACCUUGUGCGGAUGUCAAGUGUGGCAAGAACGCGUACUGCAAAGCCGAAGGACAGGAAGCGUUUUGUAUCUGCGAAGAAGGAUGGACCUUCAACCCUAAUGACAUUUCUGCUGGUUGCGUUGAUAUCAACGAGUGCGAUCCCGGACAAGGGCCGAACGGACGGUGCGGAGUGAACGCUGCGUGCACGAAUCUUCCCGGUAGCUUCAGCUGCCAAUGUCCACCGGGAUUCACCGGAGACGCAAGCCGUCAAUGCUACGACGUUGACGAGUGCUCGAAACCAAACGCCUGCGGAGAAGGCGCUGUUUGUAAAAAUCUCGAAGGUUCUCACAAAUGUUCCUGUCCAGAGGGAUCCAUCGCCGAUCCCGACCCUAGUGUAAGGUGUAUCACCAUUGUAACGUGUACCAAAGAUAACGACUGCCCAGGAAACGCCAUUUGCGACGCCGAAAAACGAUGCCUCUGUCCGGAACCUAACGUUGGAAACGAUUGUCGACAUCCGUGCGAGAAUACCGCUUGCGGUCCCAACUCGCACUGCAUGCUGGUCAACGGAGCCGCACAGUGCCUGUGCAGCGAAGGAUUCACCGGACAUCCGAGUCAGUGCGUAGACAUCAACGAAUGCGCUGGAAAUCCGUGCCCAAGUGGAGCAAUCUGCUCGAAUCUACCAGGCGGGUACACUUGUCAGUGUCCGGGCGGUAGCUCGGGUGAUCCAUACUCCGGAGGAUGCUCCAAGUCGGCUUUGAACACGUGCAACGAUCAGAACCCAUGCCCGGCGGGCGAGAAAUGCAUCCAGGAUGCUUACAGCGGAAACAGUGUCUGCAUCUGCGGACAAGGAUACAAACGAAACGCCAAAGGAGUGUGCAAGGACAUCAACGAAUGCAAAGACCCAAACAAACCCGCCUGCGGAGUCAACGCCAUCUGUAAGAACCUUCCAGGAAGUUACGAGUGCCAGUGUCCACCAGGAUUCAACGGAAAUCCGUUCCUGUCGUGUGAAGAAUGCAGUAGCCUGGAGUGCAAAUGCCCUGCCCCGUACAAGUUCAUGGACGGCAACUGCGUUCUAGAUAGCUGCUCAACCGAUGGCAAAUGCGCAGGAGGAGCGGAAUGUAUCACGAUUACCGGAGGCGUAAGCUACUGUGCCUGCCCGAAGGGAUUCCGAACGCAAGCCGACGGAAAGUGCGAAGAUAUCGAUGAAUGUUCCGAAGGACAACAGGUUUGUGGCUACGACGCCAUCUGCAUGAACACAAUCGGAGGAUACGAAUGCAAAUGUCCGCUGGGAUACUCCGGAGAUCCGUACAACGGGUUAUGUGCACUUGCGCAGAAGCGUUGCUCCGCCGAUCGAGAAUGUAACAGCAAUGAAAAGUGUGUUCAACCUGGAGAGUGCGUGUGUCCACCACCGUUCUACAUGGAUGCGUACGAUGGAAACAAGUGUAAGAGUCCUUGUGAGCGAUUCCCAUGCGGAAUCAACGCUCGAUGCACACCCACGGAUCCACCGCAAUGUAUGUGUGAAGUUGGCUACAAGGGCGACCCACUAACGGGAUGCACAGAUGAAGAUGAGUGCGCCAACUCACCGUGUGCUUACGGAGCUCAAUGCGUCAACCAGAAGGGUGGCUACAAGUGCGUCUGCCCGAGGGGCUUGGUAGGUGAUGCGUACAAAGGCGGUUGCAUACUGGAAGAGGGAUCCGUCAAGAGUCAGUGCCGACGAAAUCAAGACUGUGCCGACACGUUGGCUUGUGAGCGAGGAACCUGCGUUAGUCCGUGCAGCAGCUUGCUUUGCGGACCAAACGCGUACUGCGAGCCAGAAAAACACGCCGCUUGGUGUCGCUGCCGGGUUGGGUUUGUUGAAGGUCCCAACGGAGACUGUGUGUCGCAAUGCAACGGCUACAUGUGUGGUCAGGGUGCUAUCUGCAUCGUUACAAACAGUGGUCCCACGUGCAAGUGUCCACCUGGGGAGAUGGGUAAUCCCUUCCCCGGUGGUUCCUGCGUUACGGAUCAGUGCUCAGCGAAUCGACCAUGUAUUGACCCACAAGUAUGUAUCAACGGACGCUGCAAGCACAAGUGUGACGGAGUUGUGUGUGGAAUCGGAGCGACCUGCGACGGUGCCACUGGAAAAUGCGUCUGCGAGCCGUUCUUUGUUGGAAAUCCGGAAAUGCUUUGUAUGCCUCCCAUCACUACACCAAGCUGCGAACCGGAAUGUGGCCAGAACGCACACUGCGAGUACGGCGUCGUACAGAACACUUGCGUGUGCAAUCCGGGAACGAGCGGAAAUCCGUACGGACUGUGCGAGGCGAAGCAACGCAACACUUGCAGCAGCACGUCGUGCGGCGCUAACGCACAAUGCCGCGAAACGUUGCACGGCGUAGAGUGCGUUUGCCCGAAUGGAUUCAUCGGUAAUCCGUACGUGCAAUGCAAAGACAUUGACGAGUGCUCGACGGGAAACGUGUGCGGUGAGGGAGCGCUCUGUAUCAACAGUGCCGGAAGCUUCGACUGUCGCUGCAAGCCGGGACUCGCUGGAAAUCCGUUUACAAUGUGCUCACCGAUGGAGAAGAAUAUGUGUGACAAUCCGAGACGGUGUCAGUGCGGAAAGAAGACGCUGUGUCCACCUGGGUACACGUGUGAACGUGGAUCAUGCAAGGAUCUGUGCGCGAAGACCACCUGCGGUCCGAGAGCUGCGUGCGACUCUGGAAAGUGUGUUUGUCCACCUGGGUACACCGGAAACCCGAAGGAUCUUCGCAGCGGAUGCGUACAGGAAGGACAAUGUGACAACGAUGCGGACUGUAAGAACAAAGAGAUUUGCUUCCAGUACGGAAAAGGUGUACGAAAGUGUGUUGAUGCGUGCAGUAAGCUACAGUGUGGACCAAACGCACUUUGUGUGUCGGAUGAUCAUCGCUCGACCUGCAUUUGUGCGAGCGGAUACGUUGGAAGUCCGGGAGACCUGACGCUUGGAUGCCAACGAGAAGCAACAAAGAUUGUUGAAGGCUGUAAGGACGACAGCGAAUGCAGUGGUGGGAAAAUCUGCGCCUUGACUGAAACUGGACUGCGAUCGUGCGUCAACCCAUGCAGUGUAGUGGAAUGUGGAGUUAAUGAAGUUUGCAAAGCUGAUGAUCACAACAACCCUAUCUGUCAUUGUCAGGAUGGAUUCGUCUGGAAUCCGGUAGCGUCAGCAUGCGAGAAGCCAUCCAUCCCAGACUGCACAAGAGAUGAAGAUUGUCACCAAGUGGCGGCUUGCCGUCAAGAUGUUUUGGGAAUUCUCAAGUGUACGCCGGUAUGUGCGGAGUUUACGUGCCCGGCAAAUUCGGUUUGUGUAUCGUCGAAUCAUAGAGGAAGCUGUCAAUGCCUUCCAGGAUACACUGGAAAUCCGAACGACCGAAACGGAUGCCGUCCAGAACUUCAGAACAAGUGUCUCACAAGCGCUGAAUGCGCCGAGUCGGACGCAUGCGUACAGCACGAUGGAGCGUUGAGAUGCCGACCGGCCUGCGAAAACAUUCAAUGUGGACCACACGCGAUUUGCAUUAGCAACAAUCACAACGGCCAGUGUCAGUGCCCACCAGGAUCGUACGCUGGGGAUCCAUACGAUCUCAAGAAAGGAUGCCAAUCGGUGCCGUGCGUCUACAACAACGACUGUCCACCGACGCAAAUGUGCAACCGAAUGACGCACACUUGUUUCGACAUUUGUACCGAGGAUACCUGCGGAGAGAACGCCGUAUGUAUAGCGGAGAACCAUCGAUCGCUGUGUCAGUGCCCGCCAGGGUACAAAGCGAACCCGAUCGCCGAUGUAGAAUGUACGCCGCUCAAGUCUUGCGAUCCGAGUCCGUGCCAUCCGUCGGCCAUUUGCGAAGCGGGACCAGACGGACACAUCUGCAAGUGCCCAGCGGAACAGGUGGGAGAUCCAAUGACCGGAUGUAGACCGGAGGGAGCCUGUCCCAACGGAGAUCUUCAGUGUCCGGAAAAUGCGGCUUGCGUGAAUGGAAAGUGCGUCGAUCCAUGUACGAAUGCUUGCGGAAUCAACUCUAAAUGCACGGUCAUCAACCGAACACCGGUGUGCAGCUGUAAAGCAAAGUACGUUCCGGGAGUUAGCGGAACCGCAAGAGAUGGCUGCGUACGACUUGUCAGCGAAUGUUUGAGUGACUUGGAUUGUGGUGGUGAUGUUUGCCAAAACGGUCAAUGCAUGGUGGUUUGUCGUAACACGCAGGAUUGUUCGGGUGGCGAACGAUGCGUCAGUAACGUAUGCACGCAGCCCUGCUCAAGUCAUACCCAAUGCGGUGAUGGACAAGCUUGUAUCGCAGGAAGCUGCUUGCUCGGAUGUAGAAGCAACAAGGACUGUGACGGAGCGAAGGCCUGUAUCAACAGUAAGUGCAAGAAUCCGUGUGAAACGGAAGGAGCCUGCGGACCGAACGCCAUCUGUAGCUGUGUCAACCACAUUACGACAUGCAAAUGUCCAGCUGGAUUCGAAGGAAAUCCGAUUCCGGAACAGGGAUGCGUCAGAAUGCCAGCAUCUUGUACAACUUCGACAGAAUGCGCCGCCGGACACAUGUGCAUCGCAAAUCAGUGUAACUUGCCAUGCUCGGAAAAUACUGCUUGCGCAGUUGGAGAACGAUGCCACAACAACAUGUGCGCCAAGGUGUGCUACACGAACAACAACUGCCUGCCUGGAGAGGUUUGUAACGAAGCUGGAACGUGCCAGCCAGGCUGCAGCACGGAUACGGACUGUCCAUCGCAAAAGAUUUGUUUGGCGAGCAAGUGCAAGUGCAUGAAGGGAUUCAUUGGCACUCCGUUCGGAUGUACCGACAUUGAUGAAUGUACCGAUGGUCCGUGCCACGAGAGUGCGCUGUGUGAGAACAUACCGGGAUCGUACCGAUGUGCUUGUCCGGAGGGAACGGUUGGAGACGCCUACUCGAAUCCGGGAUGUCGUCUUCCGAAUCAAUGCUACAAGAACGCCGAUUGCGCUGAGAACUUGGCUUGUGUUGAAGGAAAGUGCAAAGAUCCUUGCCAGACAGUCAAGUGUGGAGCCAAUGCCGAAUGUCAAAUCGUUGACCAUGAAGCCACAUGCCAGUGUCCCUCGGGACAUCUGGGCGAUGCAAGAGAUCAGACCGUUGGAUGCUUCCGCGUGGAAUGUUUGACCAGCGAGGAUUGUGGAUUGGAGCGACAGUGUCACAGCGAAUCGAACAAGUGUAUCAAUCCGUGUGAGUUUGUAGACUGCGGAAAGGGUGCUUGCCACAUCGAGAACCAUGAGGCCAUUUGUACCUGCUUCCAAGGAUACGACGUUAUUGGAGGACGAUGCGAAGACAUGGAUGAAUGUCAAACGAAUCCUUGCCAUGCAAGUGCGACGUGUCAGAAUACGCCUGGAAGCUACACGUGCUCGUGUCCUGAGGGAUUGGUUGGAGAUCCGAUCAACAGUGGAUGCAGAAGUCCAGACGAAUGUAUUACCAACUCGGACUGUCCAACUACGGCGAUUUGCGAAGCUGCGCGAUGCAAGAACCCAUGUGACGUAAAGGAUGCUUGUGGACAGAACGCCGUUUGUAGUGCCGUUGCUCACGCAGCUGUCUGCGAGUGUGCACCAAAUUCACGAGGAAAUCCGAAGAAGGGAUGCACCAAGAUUGAGUGUUCGGAAGCUAACGAUUGUUCAGCCAGCCAGACGUGUAUCAGGUACAAAUGUGUCGAUCCAUGUUCGCUAACCAAUGCUUGCGGCCAAAGCGCUACUUGUGUAUCGGAGAAUCACCUGGCCAUCUGCUCGUGUCAACCCGGAACAACUGGAAACCCGCUGCUGGGAUGUGUCCCACUGCAGUACUGUAACAGCGAUCAGCAGUGUCCUGCCGGAACGAAGUGUAGUGCUGGAGUGUGCAGUGCACUGUGCUCGAGCAAUCGGGAAUGUAUCAGCGAUCAGCUGUGUAUACAGGGAGUGUGCCAGCCGACGUGCAAGACCAACUCUAGCUGCCCGGACUUCCAGUUCUGCCAGAACAACAUCUGCACGCAGGAGUUCAGGUGCCGAACGGAUGAUGAUUGUGACAUUGACGAAAACUGCGUUGUGGAUUCAACUGGACGGUCCGAGUGUAUAAACGCAUGUUCGGGACGUACUCUGUGCGGGAGGAACGCGGAGUGUUCCGCCAGGGAUCACUCGGCAGUUUGCGACUGCAAGCCAGGAUAUUACCAGGACAAGUCCGGAACGUGUAGAAAGAUAGAAUGUCAAUCGGACGAAGAUUGCUCAUCGGACAAGACUUGCGAGAACCAUACUUGUAAAAUUGCAUGCUUGAUUGGAGAGCCUUGUGGCGCAAAUGCGCUAUGUUCAGCGGAGAACCACAAACAAGUGUGCUAUUGUCAACCGGGAUUCACCGGAGAUCCAAAGAUUGGAUGUAAUUUAAUCGACUUCUGUAAGGAAUCACCAUGCGGACCAAACGCCAAGUGUAGAAACAGUCGCGGAUCGUACAGAUGCUCGUGCUCAGCUGGAUUGGUUGGUGAUCCUUACAAUACCGGCUGCAAGAAGGCAGCCGAAUGUGAAACGAACGCCGAUUGUCCCGACAAUGCCGAGUGUAGCCAAGCGGGCGGAGAGCCCAAAUGUAGGGACGUGUGCGAAAGCGUACAGUGCAGUCCGAACGCCGAAUGUCAGCCAAGAAAUCACCAAGCCGUUUGCCAGUGCCGUAGUGGGUACGAAGGCAAUCCGACGGAUCUGCUGAACGGUUGCAAAGCACUGCCUCUGCCGUGCAAGCUGAACAAUGACUGCCCGGAAGAUUCGUACUGCUACGGACAAGUGUGCAAACCUGCUUGCACCGCGACCGAGGAGUGCAACCAGGACGAGGUGUGCGCCAAGGGCCAGUGCGUGAACCCGUGCCAGGAGGCCGGCACGGCCUGCGGCAUGAACGCCGAGUGCCGGAUGGCUGGCCACUUUAAACAGUGCUCAUGCCCAGCCGGUUUCACCGGCGAUCCCGCGCUCGAGUGCGUCCGCGUGCCCGUGCUGUGCAGCUCCAGUGCCGACUGCGCCCCGGGGAUGGCCUGCCACGAGUCGAUGUGUUUGCCGCGCUGCGGCGCGGACCAGGAGUGCGCGCUCAACGAGAAGUGCAUCGGAGGCCAGUGCAUGCUGACGUGCCGCCUGGACAACGACUGCUUCCUGGGCCACAUCUGCCUGAACGGACGAUGCGUGUACGGAUGUCAUUCGGACGACGACUGUGGUGCUAGCGAAACGUGUCGCAACAACCGUUGCACGGAUCCGUGCCGCGAUAGUCCGUGCGGUCCGAACGCGGCCUGUACGGUCGUGAACCAUCGAGCGAGCUGUUCGUGCAUCAACGGAAUGGUUCCGAGUCCGACAGCCAAGAUUGGCUGUAUUCGUGCCCCUGCGCUGCAGUGUACCGAGAACCGAGACUGCACGGACGGUACUUCGUGUAUCGAGAACGUGUGCCGACCGAUUUGUGCCAACGAUCAGGGAUGCCUGAACAACGAACGAUGCGAUCGAGGAACUUGCAAGCCGAUUUGUCGACGAGAUGACGACUGUCGUACUGGAGAAGUAUGCCAGGGACAGACGUGUAUGAUUGGAUGCCGGUCGAACGCGGGAUGUCCGGCUGAGCUGGCCUGUGUGAAUCAGCAAUGCGUUGAUCCAUGCCAGGAGCCGACGGCUUGUGGAACAAACGCCAUCUGUACGGUAGCAAAUCAUCGCAAGCAGUGCGUUUGUCCUGCACCGCUGGUCGGAGAUCCCCUGGUGGGAUGCCGAGCGGAGGAGCGAUCGUGCCAGGCGAGAAGUGACUGCGCCAAGGGACAAGCUUGCUACGGAAAUACGUGUAUGCAGACUUGCAGAAACGAUCAAAACUGCCUGGCAGAUGAACGCUGUAUUCGAGGAACGUGCCGAACGGUGUGCAACAGCGACGCUUCGUGCUCGAACGGGCUGAUCUGCGAGAACCGAAUCUGCCAGACCGGAUGCAGAACCGACAACAACUGCCCGAACAAUCAGGCCUGUAUCAACAAGCAGUGUACGGAUCCUUGCACGGUGCUUGGACAGUGUGGCUCAUGCUCGGAGUGUACGGUGGUGAACCACGGAGUUCAGUGCAGCUGCCCAAGUGGAUACCUCGGUAAUCCGCUGGUGUCUUGCGCGCCACCACCGCAAAAGUGCAACUCAUACUGCUACUGUGACGAAGAAGGAAUUUACUGCGCUGACAAGUGUCGACAAGCCAAGGACUGCGCGUGCGGACAAACCUGCCAGCGUGGCCGAUGCCGUGCCAAGUGUAAUCCGGGAUCGUGUCCAGCUGGGCAGCUGUGUCAAAAUGGAGCCUGCAUGGCCGGAUGUCGAUCGAACGCGGACUGUCCUGGAGAGAGAUCGUGUACGAAUAAGAAGUGUAUCGACCCUUGCGCUGGAGGAAAGGCCUGUGGAAAGAACGCUAUUUGCCAGGUUGCCGAUCACCAGGCGCUGUGCCUGUGUCCGGACGGAUUCCAGGGUGAUCCUCGGGAAGGAUGUGUCCAAUACGAAUGCCAAACGAACGAAGACUGCGAACUGGACAAGAAGUGUGUCGCCGGAAAGUGUACCAACCCGUGCCUGGAGCACGACGCGUGCGGUUUGAAUGCUCAGUGUCGCGUCGUGAACCGCCAGGCUCAGUGCUCGUGCACGCCCGGAUUCUUCGGAAACGCCCGCCAGGAGUGCCAGCCGCUGCAGAAGCACAGCUGUUCGCAGAAUCCGUGCGGAGAGAACACCGUCUGUCGCGAGGAUGCCAACGGGUACGAGUGCACGUGUCAACCGGGCUGCAUGGGAGAUCCACGGCAGGGCUGCCUGUGCGAGGGUAAGCAGACCAACAAGUGCCACGAGUUCCCCUGCGGAAAGAAGGCCGUGUGCCGUGUUACGGCGUACGAUCAACCCGAGUGCUACUGCCCGCCGCUGUACCCGGGAGGCGAUCCGUAUGUUGAAUGUACGAACGAAAGAACCGUCACCGACUGUCGAACGACCGGCUGUGCCGAAGGCGAAUGCGUUCGAGACGGCACGCAAUUUAUCUGCCGCAACGACGAGUCCUGUGCGAACGAUAUGCAAUGUCCCAAUGAAAAGGCUUGUAUCGGAGGAAAGUGUUCCGACCCUUGCUCCCUGCGAGGAGCCUGUGGCGAUAAUGCCCUGUGCCAAACGGUGCUCCACAGGCCGCGCUGUUCGUGCCCAAGUUGUUACAUCGGUAGACCGAAUGUGGAGUGCAAGCCCGAUCCCAAAUGCAAAGAGGCCACCACGCAAAAGCCCAGCGAUCCCAAGAUCGUAUCGAUCGCGUGCGAAAAGGACGCCGACUGUGACGAGUCACUGCGAUGUGACGCCAGCGGCCAGUGCAACGAUCCGUGCACCAUACCGACCACGUACGUGUGUGACCCGAACAAGAAAUGUAUCUCCCGACGGCACCGGCCGGUUUGCGUCUGCAAGCACGGCUUCAUCGUGAACGACUACGGAGAGCUGAUCUGUGCUCCGGAGAAACGGGAAUGUCACGGAGAUGACGGUUGCGCCUCGAACAUGGCUUGCAUCGACGGCAAAUGCUUGAACCCUUGUAUGCCCACGGCUACCCGAGGACCCGCCUGCCCGGAGGACAAAGCCUGCAUGGUGAUGGACCACAAGCCGGCUUGCGUCUGCAUGAAGGACUGUAGUCCGACCCUGUCGAUCUGCCUCCGGGACAGCGGGUGUCCGUCGGAUCUCGCCUGUCGUAACUAUCAGUGCGUAAACCCUUGCGAAAGCACUCAGUGUGCCGACGACACACCGUGCUUUGUCGAAGACCAUAAACCGAUCUGUAAAUUCUGCCCUCCCGGAUUCGUGAAAGAUGCCCACCAAGGAUGCUUGAAAGCUACAGAAGAAGUAAAACACGAUGAACAAAAACAAGAAGAAGAAGAAGCACCGCGCCGCUGCUCGAAGCAUUCCGACUGCGGCACGGAACGGUUGCAGUGUCUAGCGGGCCGUUGUCUUGAUCCCUGUGGUGGGUCCUCCGCUGCAUGUGGCGAAUCGGCUGACUGCACCGUCAAAGCGCACGCCCCCGUCUGCACCUGCCCCGCCGGGUAUACGGGCAAUCCCGGCAGAAAGUGUGUCCCAGUGACGACCUCCACCACCUUGCAGACCACCACGGAUGGACGCUUGGACGCAGCGACGACCACGGAAGAGUACGGCGGAGACGCGUACACAGGCGACGGCAUCGAUCGAUCGGACGUGUACAGCACGGUGGAGCCGGAUGUUGAUAGUACGACCAUUACGGAGACAGCGAGCGGUGAGCGUACGCCACCGGCUAUCACCGAAACACCGUUCCGAUCGACGACGAUGACCGGUGAGAAUCUGUUGGUUACUGUGGGUAGUUCAAAUGGUACGGAAUCUCCACAAUACAUGACCAUCACAAGCACAGAUCGAUUCGCUCAAGAGGUGACUACAACAAAAGAAACCAAGAAGAUUUGGUCAACAACUAAACCUACAACAAUCGGGCAAACCGAAACUACCACCGAGGCUGGAACUGAAAAGACUUGGUCAGAAUCAGAGGCAACAACUAAACCAACAAGCACUGUCCGAACUGAGACUCAAUAUGAAACGAGUUCAUCAACACCGUAUAUUAGUACAAAAGAACCGAUGACUGAAACUAACGUGCCAACUGGAAGCUCUAAAGAUUAUGAAGAUCGCACAUCAAGUGUUACAAAACAAUACGAAGAGAGUCCAACGACAUCAGAUCCGAGAGAGACUGCUUCUGGACCAACUAUUUCGACUCCGUCAUCCAGUACAAAGGAAUCAGAGAGUGAUGCAUCAACUGGAAGCUCUACAGACUAUGACGAUCGCACAACAGAAACUGAAGGAACUUCACCAAGUGUUACAAAAGUAACCACUUCUGACCUGGCUACUUCCACUCCGUCAACCGAUACAAAUGUAUCAACUGGAAGCACUACAGAGUAUGAAGAACGAACAACAGUUUUUGAAGGAACGACUACAAGUGUAACAAAGAAAUACGACGAGAAUCGAACAACACUCAGUCAAACAGAAGCAACUUCAGAACUACCUUCUUCAACUGAUAGCACAACAAAGUAUGACGAAAGUACAGCAACUACAGAAGAAACUUCUAAGUCAUCGACAGUACCCACUACUUACGACAGCACAAAUAAGGUAGAUAGCGACGCAACAACUGCUUCCGGUUAUACAGCAACAGUAACAGAGAAAACCUCUCAACCAACAACAAAAAGCUUCACGCAACAGUCCGAUCAAGAAGAGACAACCACUUCACCAUACACCAAUACGAAAGAAUCAAUAACUGAUAGUAACGUACAAACCAGUAGCACUACAUCGUUUGACGAUCAGACAACAAUUACAGAAAGAACCGCUCUGCCGUCAUCCUCAAGCAAUACAGAGAAAUAUGGCGAAACCACCACUCGUAAGAAUCUCUCAACCUCCACCGCUCCAACGUUUGAAACAUCAACACUAACCGAAACCGUACCAACAAUCCCCCAAACGACCAUCUCAACCCUUGACGUCAAAGACCUCACCACGAUGCGCGUGCUACCCACCACCAAGAGCCCAACCCACGUCGAUACGUUGGUGAAGCAGGACCGCAAGACUACCGAGCUGGAAACGGACAUUCCGCCAACGAUGCUAACCCGUCCGACGACCCUGCCGGAUGUGCUGAUGAAUCGCAGCAGCACCACCGAGCGGUACGACGAGUACGUGUACGGUGGAGAAGCGACGGUUAAACCCGUCAAGGAUCGCAAGGACGACGUGGGUGCGAGCACGACAACGCAAGCUAGUACUACGGCGCAGGACGAAACUGAGGGUGAUCGAAGCAUUCCGUUGUCGACGAGUGCGUAUGAUGGGGAGGAGAACGAUGAUGAUUACAGCGAGGAGCUGACUGAGGAAAGUACUACGGUUAAAGGAGGGGUGAAGACGUCGACAAAGGUGACGGUGGUGACUGAGACGAGUACUGAUCGCAGAGAUGGAAGGGUUACUGCUACUGAAACGUCACAAGUUGAUACGACAACUUUGCGGAUAACGUCAACUGUAACGGCUGACGAAGAAGCAACGACUCAGGUGACCACUGAAGAUCUACAGAAGGUAGUUACGCAUGUGUAUGAUUCGGCAACGACGAUGAAGCCGUUGAUGACGCCGGAAAGUUGCAUUACUGAAGAGAACUGUCGAUCGAAUGAAACCUGCUCCAAAAGCGUCUGCGUCGAUCCGUGUGUGGUCAGCACUCCUUGUCCCAAUAACAUCCCAUGUCUGACCAUAAACCACCAACCCAAGUGCCUUUGCAAUAAAGCAGAUCCGGUUGGGUCAGCAAAUUGUAUAGAAGAAUCAGAACUGGGAUGUAGACACAACGACGAGUGCUCCGUGGAACGAUCCUGCGUCAACGGCGUUUGCAUGGACCCGUGCCAAGCCGGUAAUCCGUGCGAGGCCGGUCAGGAGUGCGAAGUGCAAAACCACGAACCGGUUUGCAUAAAGCUUUGCCAAUGCCAGAAGUCAACCGACUGUGCGUCGGGAUCUGUAUGCGAUGGCUGCAACUGCAUCCAACAGGACACACCGUCCCAGGUGACGACCGGCUGCGAACACUGUCCACCAGGCAUUCCAUGCAACCCGAUAACCGGUGCAUGCGUCAAAGAAACAACAACAACAACACCUAACCUAGAUUUAGAUAAUCCCUCCACGACAACGAUACCCGCUGUACAUAGCACACACACAGGUUAUACAACACACACAAGCGAGCAAAUAACAACUAACUUCGUAACCAAACUGCCUAUAACAGAAACAGAAACAACAUCAACAACAAACAGCCGGUUCGAAACGUCUCCACCUAAAAUCACAGCUGAUGAUAUCGAGUCCACCACACGGUCGCUAGCUUCCGAAUCCGACUCAACAAUCCGCUCGACAAUGUACGCGACAUCGCACGAUGAGUAUCCUUCAACCGUCACCGAAAGCCAAACAACGCUCACUACCAGCAGUGAGUUGGACGACUCUAGCAGGACGGCUUCUGUGACAGAAGCUUCGCUAAUCAGUUCUAAGAACACUGAGCAAUCGUUUGACAGUACACCUACACGGGAUGUAACGUCCCAGCAAUUUACGACUACCGGACGAAGUACGGAACAAUCCGGCACUAAACCAUCAACUGAAUUAGAACGAGAUUAUACUACGGAACAAGGAACUCAAACAAUGACAGAAGAUAGACUAACAAGUUCAACUCAGGUUCCUACAUCUACUGGAGUGAGCACGGAAUAUUCCACUCAACUUCCUACCGCGGAGACUUCCAGUGUACCAUCUGCUAAUCAGGAGAAAGAUACUACUGAACCUACAACAGACGUAACAGAAGCAGGUACAAACGAUGUAAUAACUAGUUCGACACAAGAGUCGGUGACAAUCGGAAGCAGUACAGAAUAUUCCACUGUAAAUCCAGCCGAAGGACCAUUCAGUGAGCCAUUAGUAGAAUCGAAAUUCACGACAACCGAAAGUAUUGUAAACGAUGAAUCUAGUAGACCAUCAACCGUCAUCGAAAAAGAUUUCACUACAGAGCAAAGUAGUCAACCAACAGAUGUGACAAGUACUAGUGACGCAGUGACCAGUAGGAUACCAGACUUAGCGUCAACUGGAAUAACGGAAUAUUCCACCAUGAAUCUUACUGAUGAACCACCAACAAGUGGUAAACCAGUAGAAGGUACUUAUACAAGCGGAGCUGUUACUAGCCCGACACAAGGGUUUGUAUCAACUGAUGGAAUCACUGAAUUCUCAACUCAACGUCUUACCGAAGAACCCUCUAGUAAACCAUCUACUGAUCUAGACAGAGAUUACAUUACCAUGAAAUCUUCAUACGUAACAGGAUCUAGCGAAUCAGUAACCAGCGCAACACAGGAGUCGCAAUCAACUGUAAAGACUACUGAGUGGCCUUCCAGCGAAAAACCGCCUGACUUGGAAAGAGAAUAUACUAUUGAACAAGAUAGUUCUCCAACAGAUGUAACUACUACACGGGAGGCAGUAACUAGCUCCUCACAGGAACCAACGACAACAGGAAGAAGCACGGAAUACUUCAAUCAGCCCACAGAAGAAACCACCUUUGGCGAAUCCUCAACUAAGUUUGAAACUGAUCACACAACAGCACAAGAUCGCCUAACAACAGACGUGACAGGCACAAGCGACUCGAUACAAGUAACCACAUUAUCUUAUAAAAAUACAGAAUCUGUAAUAAAUACUGAAGAAACUACUGUUUUGGAGAGAGAUAAUACUACUGAACGUAUCAGUCGACCGACAGAUGUGACAACAACAAGAACUCAACUUCCUUUGGAAGACACAUCCACUGUACCAUCUACUACCUGGAGAAGCAAUUAUACUACUAGGCAAAGCUAUGAAACAACAGAUGAAGCAAAAACGAUGUCAACUGGAAUCAAUCCGGAAUAUUCCACUGUGAAUCCUACUGACAAACCGUCCGAUGAGUCAUACACAAAAGAGACUGUGACCAGUCCAACGCAGAUGCCAACGUCUACUGGAUGGAGUACGGAGUAUUCCACUAAACUACCUAACGAGGAAACUUCUAGCGAAACAUCUAGUACCGUAGAAAGAGAUUUUAAUACUGAGCAAGGUGAAGUAGAAACAAGUGAAGCAGUGGCGAGCUCAACGCAGAUUUCGACGUCAACUAAAAAGAGUACUGUGCAUGCCACAACGAAUCAUACUGAGGAACCUGCUAGUGUACCAUCUACCGGAUUUGAAUUCGUAGAUAUUACGACUGAGCAACCUCAAUAUGUGGAAAGCACAAGCGAAGCAGUGACUGGUUCAUCGCAGAGAUCUGAAUCCACUGUUAGAAAUACCGAAUAUAGCGCCAUGAAUCCUACCGAGGAGUUCUCCAGUAAACCAUUUACUAGUUCUGACAGCUCUACCACCUCAGAAAGCGAUGUUACAGCUGAAACGGAUAGGCAAACAACUGACGUGACAAGCAAUGUAGAAACGUCAACUGGAAGCAGUACGGAACCUUCCACAAUGCAUUCCAUGGCAGAACCAUCCAACGAACGAACUACUGAACAAGAUAGUCAAACAAAACAUGAAACAGAUAUGAGUGAUGCAGUAACCAGCUCAGAAAGUGUUUCGACAUCAAGUGAAAUACCAUCGACAAGUUUGUACACCUCUACUAGCUCAGAUAGAGUUUAUACAACAGAACAAAGUGUUGGAACUACAAAUGUUGUUGGUGCAAAACAGACAACAACCAGGCCAACACAAGAACCUGCAACAACUGAGCAAAAUGUCAAAUAUUCCUCGUUAAUUCCUACUGAAAAAUCCUCUACUGGGUACAGAAAAGAUUAUACAACUGAACAAGGUAGUCAAACAACAGAAGUGCCUUUUGCUAGCGAAACAUCAUCUAGCUCAGCACAGAUAACCACUUCAACUGAAAGACGCACAGAGUAUUACUCUGAGAAAACCACUUCCACUGGCACAGAAAGAGAUGAUACUACCGAGCCAGGAAGCCAACCUACAGACGAAACUGUAACAAGCGAGCAAGCCGUCACUUCGACACAAGUACCUGCAACAACUAGUACAACAUCCGAGCUUCCUACUGAUAAUCCUACUGAGCAAUCAUCUACUAGUUUAGUUAGAGAACAAACUACAUCGAUUGCACCAGAACAAAGUACGGAUUAUGUCACGAAGAGUCCAACUGAUGAGUCGUCUACUACCAUAACUACUGAGCAGCAAAGCCAGCGCACAGAUAAACCAGACUCGACGGAUACAGUGACUACACCAAGCCUGAAGACAACGUUAGCUACGGAUCAAUUAACUCAGAACCCUACUGAAGCGAUCACGAGUGAGCAGUUUACAAGUUCAGAUAUGUCUACGAUUACGGAAACAAGUAGACAAAAAACAGACGUAACUGCAUCGAGCAAGGAAGCUGAGCAAACCACGGAAUAUUCCACUCUCAAGACUACCGAAGAUAUCAGUAAACCAUCUACCUUGUUAGUACACGAUUAUACUACAGAACAAGAAACUCCAUCAACUCAAAUUGUCACAAGCAAAUCAGUAACAAGCUCUGAUCAAAUAUCUUCGUCAACAGAUAGAAAUACAGAAGCUUACACCACUGAAGAGCUCUCCACUAAAUCGUCAACAAUGUUGGAAACAUCUACGUACGUAGAAGAUGAGUUGUCUACGAAGGGAAGUAGUUCACCGUCAGAUGUAAUAGACACAAGUGAAGCAACAACCAGUGCGGCUCAAGUAAUUAUGUCGGAUGUACAAAGUGAGAAACCAUUCAGAGAACCGGACACCACUACUACUACCGCAAACAAAGAUUAUACUACAGAGCACGGUACUGAACCAACGUAUAAAACAGUGACAGAUUUCACAAAAGCAACGACAACUGGAAGUGGUCCGGAUUAUUCCACUCAGAGUGCUACCGAAGAAACCAGUAGUGUGUCAGAAACAGAUUACACGACGAAGCGGGAAAGAACAACGACAGAUAGUGUCACCGACUCAGAACUAGUGUCUACGUUAACAGGAAGAACUACCGAGCAUUCUACUCAACUCCCGGCUGUGGAGACAUCUACUAGUUUGGAAAGAGAUUAUACUACUGAACAGGAAGAUCCGUCAACUAAAGAUGAAGCAACUAGCUCAACAUUGUUACCUACGUCAACUUGGAGGAGUACGGAGUAUCCAACUACUAAUCCAACUGGAAAACUAUCAACAGGAUUGGAUACAACAACAAGUGUAGAAAGAGAUCAUACUACAGAACAAGACAGUUCUCUUUCGGAAACUACAGGAUCAAGGAGGGAAACUACAACGCAGAUUUAUAUGUCAAGCAAACAAAGUACGGAACAUUCGACUGAAUUCUCGACAAAAUUAGUUACUGAUUCUGGAGGAGAUUACAGUACGAAAUAUGAUGGCUCAACAACAGUGGGGCUUAAUACUGAUGAAGAAACUACUAGUUCAGAUACAGUUUUAUCAACUACUGGAAGAAGUACGGAAUAUUCUUCUUUGAAUCCUACUGAGGAACUGUCUACUGUAUCAGAAACCGAUUAUACUUCUGAGAGUGGAAGCCACACGACCGACGUUUCAGGGUCAGAAUCAACAACAUUGUCAAACAAGAGAUAUUCAUCGAUUUCAACAGAAGCAGUAACGGAACAAGGAUCGUCAAUGACAGAAGAAGCACCGGCUAAUACGGUAGCUCAAAAACAAACAACUGACUCGAUGCACUCUGAGCGAACAACGGACACGACAUCUAAAGUACCACUGGAAGAUUUUACACCUUCAACAAUAAGACAGAGUUCGGUCGAAAGCGAUAGUCUUACAACUAGUAAGAUUGCUGGUACUACCGAAAAAUCAACGUCACAAACGAAUGUACAGGAACCAAUUGGUUCAACUUUGGAAUAUGAAACUAAAGAUUCGGUGGUAACAUCAGAGAGAACGACUUCCACACAGUAUUCAGACGAACAAACAACAACAUCUAAUGCUGGUACAUUUAUUCAGAAAGACGAAGGAUUUACUACAUCUGGAGAUGUAGCAACCAGCCCGACAAGUGGCAAACCCAUUGCUGAUCAGACUACAACAGAGGUUCCGUCGAGGACAGAAUCGACCACACAGGAAUUGUCAAGCGCAAGUAGUAACAGGACUGAAGAGAUGACUGUCACAUCAAAGAAUACUAAAGAGUACGAUGAUGAACAAACAGCAUCUACUGUUGGUACAACUAUUCAGAAAGACGAAGGAUUUACAACAUCUGGAGAUGUAGCAACCAGCUCGACAACUGGCAAACUUAUUGGUGAUCAGAUUACAACAGACGUUCCGACGAGGACAGAAUCGACGACGACGACGGAAUUGUCAAGCGCAAGUAGUUCGACUGACACGUCGAAGAGUACUGAAGAGUACAUUGAUGAACAAACUACAGCAUCUACUGCUGGUACGAUCAUUCAGAAAGAUGAAGGAUACACUACAUCUGGAGAUACGACAACUGGUAUUGCUAUUGAUGGUCAGACUACGUCAGAGUUCCCGUCGAGAACAGAACCAACGACACCGGAAUUGUCAAGCGAAAGUGUUUAUGUGACUGAUGAGUCGACUGUCACAUCCAAGAGUACUACGGAGUACAUUGAUGAUCAUACUGUAACGUCCACUCCACAAAUAGAUAAAGAAAUAACAACUUAUGGAGCUGCAGGAACCACUAAAGAGUCGACUGACACUACGAAAAGUACUACAGAGUAUAUUGAUGGAGUGACUGAUGAGUCGACUGUCACAUCAAAGAGUACUACGGAGUAUAUUGAUGAUCAGACUGUAACGUCCACACCACAACAAGAUAAAGAAAUCACAACUUCUGGAGCUGCAGGAACCACUUCGGCAAUUGUAGAACAGACAACACAAGAAUUGACCACAAAGAGUAGUUACGUCACUAAAGAGUCGACUGACACUCCGAAACGUACUACUGAGUACAUUGGUGGAGAAACUGUAACAGCCACUACUGGGACUAUUAUUCAAAAAGAUGAAGGAUCAACUACAUCUGUAGAUGUACUAACCACUUCGGAUAGAACAACUGUUGAUCAGACCACACUACGAGGCACUACGGCAUCAAAGUCGACUACACAAGAAUGGUUAAGCUCAAGUGUGCCAACUGUCGGAGCCGACACAACACAACCUUCGACUGCACUAGAUUUAGACAUAGGUUCCACUACUAUCCCCACUAGUCUUCCUCCCUCUGCGGAAGACACUUCCACAGAUUUCCUCACCACAUUUAGCGAUGCAAACGAAACAACAACAACACCACGACCGUGCCGAACCUCCUCCGAUUGUGAAGUAUCCGAAAUAUGCAAACAAGCACACUGUCUUCCAAUAUGUACAAACCGUUUACCUCCUAACACACUCUGCGCAAAAGCUCCACCUGGCACGCCCAAAAUACCCGAACCCUGCCAGUCGGACGCGGACUGUAUCGAGUCCGAGGUAUGCUAUAUGGAGCUGUGCGAGAAUCCGUGCAACUUUGACGGAGUCUGCGCGCCGACGGCAACGUGCCACGCGAAAAUGCACCGACCAAUUUGCACGUGCCCGGCCGGCCACGAGGGCAAUCCGACGAUCAAGUGCACACCGCUGAAGCCAAUUCAAUGCACCUCGAACGAUGAGUGUCCUUUGAUGGAAGCCUGUGUCGGAAAUUUGUGUCAACCGCCGUGCAGUGUGAAGAAUCCGUGCGCCCACAAUGCGGUCUGCAUCAACCGGAAUCACGGUUCCGAGUGCAGCUGCAUUGAAGGCUACCACGGAAACGGUUUUGUGUCAUGCCAGCCAGUGACUACGCCAGGUUCCGUUUGCCAGUACAACGAGGACUGUCCACCGGACAAGCUGUGCGACCGGUUGAACCGCGUUUGCAUCAAUCCAUGCCAGGAAGAUUCGUGCGGUGAAAAUGCCGAAUGCCUGCCACGAAAUCACGGAAUAGAGUGCCGUUGCCAGGCUGGAUUCGCCGGAAAUGCUUACAUUGAAUGUGUUCAGCUGCAUGGAUGUCGCUCAAACAGUGAGUGCGGCUCGUACGAAGCCUGUAUCAAUGGCCAAUGUGCUUCGCCGUGCCAGUGCGGAUCGAACGCGUUGUGUGACGUUCAGAACCACAAACCUCAGUGCAGAUGCCCACCGGGAUACAAGGGAGACGCCAGAGUGGGAUGCAGUCCCCCGUCAAACCCGUGCGAUCCGAACCCAUGCGGUCUGAACGCCAUGUGCGAGAUCGACGCCGGUAGUCCGGUGUGCUUCUGCCCGAAGGGGUUGACCGGAAAUCCGUUUAAGAAUUGCAUUCCAGAAGGAGACGACUGCACGCCAAACCCUUGCGGACCAAACAGCGGAUGCAGGAAGAUCAACGGAAAAGCAUCCUGCUUCUGUUUGCCAGAGUUCGAAGGCAAUCCACCGAAAGAGGCAUGUAAACUGCCGCAGAAUCCGUGUGAUCCAUCGCCGUGUGGACCGAACACGCAGUGUAACAUUCUCAGCAAUGGAUUUGCCAAGUGCACGUGUCUCAGUGGAUACAUCGAGAGCCCGAACACGAUCCGUGGAUGUAUUGAGCCGAAGAACCCAUGCGAACCGAACCCAUGCGGUUUCGGAGCCGUGUGUGAUUCGUCGCACAAUCCGGUCUGCUACUGUCCGGAGGGAAGCAUUGGAAAUCCGUUCCGAAGCUGUAACGAGCCAGUCGUGACGACGGAACUGUGCCGACCAGGACCUUGCGGCAAGAAUGCCGAUUGCUACAACGUUGACGGCCGAGAGCAAUGCUACUGCAGUCCUGGAUACGUUGGAGAUGCGUACAACGGAUGUGUAGAACAGCCACGAUCGGUCUGCGAGCCAAAUCCGUGUGGACCAGGUGCUGAGUGUUUGGUGCUGACAGAUGGAUCGCCAGCUUGCCGAUGCCCGCCGGGCCUAAGCGGAGAUCCAACAAGUGCGGAAGGAUGCCACGGAUACGAAUGUCGAGUGGAUGAUGAUUGUGCGGUGGACAAGGCUUGCAUUGGAUUCCAGUGUGCUGACCCUUGCCCGGGAUCAUGCGGAACUGGAGCACACUGCAAGGUUGAAAAACAUCACCCGGUGUGCUUCUGCGAUGCGGGUCUCACCGGAAAUCCAGCGAUCAGAUGCUUCCAGCUUGAAGAACGAGUUCCCGACAAUCAAUGCAAUCCGAGCCCUUGCGGCGUCAACACUCAGUGCACGGUACGAAACAGAAGACCCGUCUGCAAAUGUUUGCCCAACUACAAGGGUGACCCGAAGAAGGGUUGCAGAGCAGAGUGCGAACUGAACUCCGACUGUCCGUCCGACAAAGCCUGUGUCAAUCGUCGUUGUGUAUUGCCUUGCAAUGGAGGAGCUGUUUGCGGAGUUAACGCCGAGUGUCGCGUUGAAUAUCACACACCAAUGUGCAAGUGUCCGAACGGAUUCACCGGAGAUGCUUUUGUACAUUGCGUACCAAUUCCGGAAGACAGAAACAUGACACGCCAACCGUGCCGAUCGUCACCAUGUGGUCCACAAGGUGUCUGCUCAGUGUACAGCGAUGACGUAGCACUUUGUGACCCGUGCUCAACACCCGAUGCGAUACACAAUCCACGCUGCAGACCACAAUGUGUACUGAACACGGACUGUCCGUUCAACCAAGCGUGUAUUCAAAACAGAUGCCAAGACCCGUGCCCGGGAUCAUGUGGCUAUAACGCACUCUGUGCAGUUGAGCAACAUCGCCCGGUGUGCUCAUGUCCACCAGGACUUUACGGAAAUCCGUACGAAAGAUGCAUUCAACAGGACACACCACUCGAAACGUGCGACACGAUCCGGUGCGGAGCCAACACAGACUGCAAACGAAUGGGCGGCGUUCUGGCAUGUGUCUGCAAGAAGAACUACUUUGGCGACCCACUUGUGGGAUGCCGACCGGAGUGCGUCAUCAACACCGAUUGUCCAGUCAGCAAAGCGUGCGUAAACAACCGCUGUCAAGAUCCUUGCGCUGGCGUGUGUGGCGUGAAUGCCAUUUGUAAGGUGGUGAAUCACCUACCUGUCUGCUACUGUCCACCAACGCACACCGGGGAUGCACUUGUUGCGUGUACGGAAAAGACCUAUCUACCACCGGAUACUACGCCAUGCGAUCCAAACCCAUGCGGUCCGAACAGCAAGUGUCUCACGACGCCGGAUAACUACGCCGUAUGUUCGUGCUUGCCAGGAUUCCGUGGAAUGCCUCCUGCAUGUCAGGCCGAAUGUAUGAUCAACGCCGAAUGUCCACAAAACAAAGCUUGUAUCAAUCUGAAAUGUGUGGAUCCAUGCCCUGGCACAUGCGGAGUUGGAGCACGCUGUGAAGUUUUGAACCAUAAUCCAAUUUGUAGCUGCGGACCAAACCAACAGGGAGAUCCGUUCGUAAUCUGUGAAUCACGACAGAAUGAGCCACCGGUAGAAUCAAAGAAUCCUUGUGAUCCAUCACCGUGCGGAUUGAAUUCCAUCUGUCAGGUAAAACGCAAUCGCCCGGUGUGUUCGUGCCAACCAAACUUUAUCGGAAGCCCGCCAUACUGCCGACCGGAAUGUGUUCUCAGCUCGGAAUGUGCACAGGACAAGGCUUGCAUCAACGAAAAGUGUCGAAAUCCGUGUGAGAACGCAUGUGGAGCAAACGCCGAGUGUCACGUUGUGUCACAUUCCGCGUUCUGCAACUGUCGUCCAGGGUUCGAGGGUGAUGCUUUCAUCGGUUGCUCAGAAGUACCGAGGCAUCCAGUGGUAAGUGAACCUCACGAUCCGUGUUAUCCAAGUCCGUGUGCUGAAAAUUCGGUUUGUUCCAAUGUGAACGGAGCAGCCAAGUGUCAAUGUAUCGCGCCUUAUCUGGGAGAUCCGUACAAUACCGGAUGCCGCCCGGAGUGUGUAUUGAAUUCCGACUGCCCAAGCCAUCUGGCUUGCGUAAACCAACACUGCCGAGAUCCAUGCCCAGGAGUGUGUGGCUCAAAUGCCGAGUGCACAAUAGCGAAUCACAUCCCGGUGUGCGAAUGUAGCCGAGGAUAUGUUGGAGAUCCGUUCAGAGGAUGCAGAAAGGAAGUGCCACAGCCAAUUGUGCCAAAAGAUCCGUGUGCCCAAUGCCCGUCGAACAGCGUGUGCCGAAUCAUACAAGGACGACCAACGUGUUCGUGUCCGGAAGGCUAUCGCGGAGCACCGCCGGCUUGCAGACCAGAAUGCUCGAGCAACGAAGAGUGUCGACACGACCAAAGCUGUAUCAAUCUCAAGUGUAAAGAUCCCUGCCCGGGACUGUGUGGCGUCAAUGCGCAGUGCCAGGUCAUCAACCACAAACCGUUCUGCAGUUGUCUGAAGGACUACUACGGAAAUCCGUUUGAACAGUGUAUGCCGAAACCAGCCGAGCCGGUGCAUCCGUGCCAACCGAGCCCAUGCGGACCGUACUCGGAAUGUCGCGAACUGAACGAUCGUGCUGUUUGCUCGUGUGUCCCGGGAAUGCUCGGAACGCCACCGAACUGCCGCCCAGAAUGUGAAACUCAUCAGGAAUGCCCGUCGAACCGAGCUUGUUUCGGCCAAAAGUGCAAGGAUCCGUGCGUUGGAUCAUGCGGCUUCAAUGCGCUUUGCGCAGCCCGUGACCAUCGCCCCGAGUGCUCCUGCAUGGAAGGAUUUGAAGGCGAUCCUUACACUGGAUGCAAUCCAAUCGUCGUAUACCGAGAUGAAAUCAUUGAACCUUGCAACCCGUCGCCAUGUGGAUCAAAUGCUAUCUGUAAAGAACGUAAUGGUGCUGGUUCCUGUACAUGCAUGAAAGAUUACUUCGGUGAUCCGUACGUUAGCUGUAGACCAGAAUGCGUUCAGAAUUCAGACUGCCCGUACGACAAGUCAUGCGUCAAUACCAAGUGUGUUAACCCAUGCGUUGGUACGUGUGGAUUGAAUGCCGAAUGUCAUGUACAUAAUCACUCUCCUACCUGCACGUGUGUAACUGGAUUUGUGGGCAAUCCUUCACUGGCCUGUCAUCUCCUUAUCAUAGAAAAACCAAAAGACGAGCCCGUCAAUCCAUGCCUCCCAUCACCGUGCGGUCCGUAUAGCAUCUGUCGGGUGGUGAAUGAUCACGCCGUUUGCUCUUGCCAAAACAAUUGUAUUGGAGCACCUCCAAACUGUCGACCAGAAUGUAUUAUCAAUUCGGAGUGCUCGCGAGAUAAAUCAUGCGUGAACCAACGAUGCGUCGACCCAUGUCCGGGAACAUGUGGCCUGAACGCCAGAUGUCGCACCGUCAAUCACAACCCGAUCUGCAGUUGCAAUCCUGGAUUCAUUGGUGAUCCAUUUGUUCAAUGUUCUCCCGAACCGAAACAACCCAUCCUGCAAGAACCCAUCAAUCCUUGCCAACCAUCCCCAUGCGGUCCAAACUCUAUUUGCCGGGUGCAAAGCAACCGUGCCGUCUGUUCUUGCAUUCCCAAUUACAUCGGACGACCUCCGAGCUGCCGUCCCGAAUGUGUUGUCAACUCCGAGUGUCCGAUGAAUUUGGCAUGCGUGAACGAAAAAUGUGUCGAUCCUUGCCGCGGAUCUUGUGGACCUAACGCCGAAUGUAGAGUUGUGUCGCACAGUCCAAUGUGUACUUGCUAUCCCGAGCACACUGGUGAUCCCUUCUCCGGUUGCAAUCGAAUUCAAAUUAUCCACGAACCGCCGGCUAUGCCGUGUACGCCAAGUCCGUGCGGCGCCAAUGCCGUAUGUAGAGAACAAAACGGUGCCGGAUCGUGCACUUGCCUUCCGGAGUACUUUGGAGAUCCCUAUGUGGGCUGUCGCCCAGAAUGCGUCAUGAACAGUGACUGUCCGCGAACACGCUCUUGCAUCAAUAGUAAAUGUGUCGACCCGUGUCCGGGUACAUGCGGUGGCAACUCGGAAUGUCACGUGGUAAACCACGCGCCAACUUGCACUUGCAUUGCGGGAUACAUUGGUAAUCCCUUCACCGCUUGCACACCCCAACCAGAAAUACGCGAAGAACCCAUCAAUCCUUGCGAACCUUCACCGUGUGGUCCAAACAGCCAUUGUCGCGUGAUUAAUAACCAUGCCGUUUGCUCGUGUCGAACGAACUUCAUUGGCACUCCACCAAGUUGUCGACCGGAGUGCGUCGUAAGCUCGGAAUGUCCACUGGACAAGGCUUGCAUCGGUCAACGGUGCAAAGAUCCUUGUCCAGGCACUUGCGGACUUAACGCGCGCUGUCAGGUUACCAACCACAACCCAAUUUGUAGCUGCAAGCAAGGUUUCACGGGUGAUCCGUUCGUUCGAUGCAUUCCAGAAGACAGACGUCCCGUGGUAAGUGACCCACCGAGAAAUCCAUGUGAGCCAUCUCCGUGUGGACCGAAUUCGCAGUGCAAGCCAGUUGGCAACACUGCAGCGUGCUCGUGUUUGCCGAACUAUAUCGGCCGUGCACCGAACUGUCGUCCCGAAUGCACCUCCAACUCUGAAUGUUCCUCAAUGCAAGCGUGUAUCAACGAAAAGUGCAAAAAUCCUUGCCCCGGAUCUUGCGGCACCUUUGCCACUUGCGUCGUCCAAAAUCAUCAACCGAGCUGCAAAUGCUACGACGGUUACACCGGUGAUCCGUACUCAGCGUGUAUGGUUAUACCAAUUCAACGAGAACCAGAGAUCGUUAAUCCAUGCAACCCUUCGCCAUGCGGAGUGAACGCUGAAUGCAAUGUACGAAAUAAUGCCGGUUCUUGCACUUGUCUUCCGGACUAUUUCGGCGAUCCUUACCACGAGUGCAGACCCGAGUGCGUACUGAACACUGAUUGUCCCAAAACGCGCUCGUGUCUGAACAACAAGUGCAAGGAUCCGUGUCCGGGCAUGUGUGGCUUGAACGCGGAAUGUUCCGUGUCCAAUCACGCCCCAACGUGCUCAUGCAUUGCCGGCUUCACCGGAAAUCCGUCCGUCGCUUGUCACGAAAUUCCAAAGUUAGCGGAACCGAUCGAUCCUUGUCGACCGUCACCUUGUGGACCUUACAGCGAAUGUCGCGUGGUCAAUCAGCAUGCUGUUUGCUCUUGCCAAAAGAAUUACAUUGGUACACCACCGGCUUGCCGACCGGAAUGUACGGUUAGCUCCGAAUGUCCCCAAGAUAAGGCAUGCAUGAACCAAAGAUGUAUCGAUCCAUGUCCCGGAACUUGCGGCUUGAACGCCAGAUGUAACGUUAUCAACCACAACCCGAUUUGCAGUUGUUCGCCUGGAUUUACGGGCGAUCCUUUCAUACGGUGUCUACCGGAAGAAAAACGUCCGGAGCCCAAAGAACCACAAAAUCCGUGCAUUCCAAGCCCUUGCGGUCCCAACUCACAGUGUCGCGCUGUGGGAUCUGUGCCAGCGUGCUCUUGUCUGCCUAACUACAUCGGUCGUGCUCCCAACUGUCGGCCGGAGUGUACGAUCAAUUCCGAGUGUGCCGGCAAUCUCGCUUGCAUCAACGAAAAAUGUCGAGAUCCUUGCCCUGGCUCAUGCGGAUCGAACGCCGUCUGUAACGUGAUUAAACACUCCCCCGUAUGCUCCUGCUCGUCUGGUUAUACCGGUGAUCCUUUCUCUGGGUGUAUGGAUAUUCCUACGCCACCUAUACGAGACGAACGACAGGAUCCUUGCAAUCCGUCACCGUGUGGAUCAAACGCUGUCUGUAAGGAGCGUAAUGGUGCUGGCUCUUGUACAUGUUUACCGGAAUACUUUGGCGAUCCGUACAGUGGAUGCCGCCCGGAAUGUGUUACCAACAGUGACUGUCCACGUAACAAGGCUUGCGUCAACAACAAGUGCAAAGAUCCCUGUCCGGGAGUCUGCGGCAUCAACGCCGAGUGUUACGUGGUCAAUCAUUCACCUAGUUGUUCAUGCAUUUCUGGCUAUACUGGGGAUCCACUGUCCGCUUGUCACGAACCGGCCCCUCCGAAGCAAAACGAACCCCUGAAUCCGUGUUCGCCGUCCCCGUGUGGACCCAAUAGCCUGUGUCGCGAAAUCAACGGGCACGCGGUUUGCUCUUGCCAGACCGGUUUUAUCGGAACUCCGCCCAGUUGUCGUCCGGAAUGUGUCGUUAGCUCCGAGUGUGCCCAGGACAAGGCUUGCAUCAGCCAAAAGUGUCAAGAUCCUUGCCCGGGUACAUGCGGCCAGAAUGCACGUUGCCAGGUCGUCAACCACAGCCCUAUUUGUAGCUGUACGCCUGGCUUUACCGGGGAUCCUUUCAUCAGGUGUCUGCCUGAAGAGAAACGCCCUGUGGUGUCUGAGCCUAUUGAUCCAUGUGUGCCAUCUCCUUGUGGACCCAAUUCGCAGUGCCGAGCGGUCGGAAGCACUCCGGCCUGCUCGUGUCUGCCCAAUUACAUUGGCCGCGCGCCAAACUGCCGACCAGAGUGUAUGAUAAACGCCGAAUGUCCGGCCAAUCUGGCCUGUGUAAAUGAAAAAUGUAAAGAUCCGUGCGUGGGCUCGUGUGGCCUGAACGCGCUUUGCACGGUUAUCAAGCACAAUCCCGUGUGCGAGUGCCAACGUGGCUUCACCGGUGAUCCGUUUUCGGUUUGCACAGAAUACACUCCCCCGCGCGCUCCUGAGCCGGUCAACCCGUGCAAUCCGUCCCCAUGUGGAGCGAAUGCAGUCUGUAAGGAACGCAACGGAGCGGGAUCGUGCACGUGCCUGCCCGAAUACUUUGGCGAUCCGUACACCGGUUGCCGACCGGAAUGUGUGCAGAACUCGGAUUGCGACAAGUUCCGCGCCUGCGUCAACAACAAAUGCAAGGAUCCGUGCCCGGGAGUUUGCGGACUGAAUGCGGAAUGCCGUGUGCAGAACCACAGUCCGAUCUGUUUCUGUCUGGAAGGCUACACUGGAGAUCCAGCCCGAGGAUGCAGCAUUGAGGAGCGAGUCACAGAACGACCAAGACAGGAGGGGUGUUCUCCUUCGCCGUGCGGUCCAAACAGUCAGUGCAGAGAGGUGAACGGUCAUCCGGUGUGCUCGUGUCAAUCGGGUUACAUCGGAACGCCACCUUCGUGCAGACCUGAAUGCGUUGUGAGUUCCGAGUGCAGCCAAGAUCGAGCAUGUUUGAAUCAAAAGUGCGCCGACCCUUGUCCGGGAACGUGCGGAACCGAUGCACGCUGUCAAGUGGUCAACCACAAUCCGAUCUGCAGCUGCUCGCCAGGCUUCACCGGUGAUCCGUUUAUUCGGUGCAUCAAGAAGGAAGUCGAACGGGACCCACCAGAGCCAAUCAAUCCGUGCCUGCCGUCACCAUGCGGACCGAACUCACAGUGUCGAGUUGUGGGAACGCAAGCAGCUUGUACCUGCCAGGCAAACUACAUCGGACGUCCACCAAACUGCCGGCCGGAGUGCACCAACGAUGCGGAAUGUGCAAGCAACCGUGCCUGCCAGAACGAACGUUGCGUUGAUCCGUGCCCUGGAGCGUGUGGAAGUAACGCCAUUUGUCAGGUUAUCAACCAUCGAGCCGUUUGCACGUGCAGCGACGGCUUUGAGGGUAAUCCGCUGGUGCAGUGCGAUCGCUCGCUACCACCAACAACGGAACGUCUUACGCCGUGUACACCAUCGCCAUGUGGUCCAAACGCGGAAUGCCGAGAGCGUAACAAUGCCGGAGCGUGCUACUGCUUGCCCAACUACGAAGGAAAUCCGUACGACGUGUUCUCCGGCUGUAGACGGGAGUGCGAUGUCAACAGUGAUUGCGCCGAGAAGUUGGCUUGCGUUAACUUCAAGUGCGUUGAUCCCUGUCCAGGUGUGUGCGGAUCGCAAGCAUUGUGCGACAUCGUCAACCACGUACCAACCUGCGUAUGUCCGGAAGGAAUGAUCGGAGAUCCGUUCACGCGGUGCGAGCUGCGAUUGGAGGAACCAAUAACUCGAGCGCCACCAGUAUGCGACCAGAGCACAUGCGGACCGAACAGCAUCUGUCGAAUCCAGAACGGAGUAGCAGUUUGCAAGUGUCAACCGGAAAUGACCGGAACUCCGCCAAAUUGUCGCCCGGAAUGCGUACAGAGCGGAGAUUGCGAAUCGCAGAGGGCCUGCGUGAACUACAAGUGCAUUGACCCGUGCCCGGGAUCGUGCGGUCAGAACGCCAAGUGUCAAGUGAUCAACCACAACCCGAUCUGCAGCUGCAGUCCGGACUUUACCGGAGAUCCGUUCUCGCGCUGUUACAAGGAAGUUCGCACAACAACUCCAGCGCCACCAACGCCGUGCGUUCCGUCACCGUGCGGUCCGAACGCCGAGUGCAAGGUCGUCGGAAGCAAGGAAGCCUGCUCGUGCCUGCCGGACUACACCGGAUCGCCGCCAAACUGCCGGCCCGAGUGCGUGCUCAGCACGGAAUGUGCCCAGAACCAGGCGUGCAUUCGGCAAAAGUGUACCGACCCGUGCCCCGGUUCGUGCGGCCUCAACGCCAAGUGUACCGUGGUGAACCACACGCCGAGCUGUUCGUGCGAGGAAGGAUACACCGGCGAUCCGUUCACCGGCUGCCAGUUCAUUCAAGCCGACUAUCCCAAAGAGAAUCUGUCCCCGUGUGUCCCAAGUCCGUGCGGCGCCAACGCCAACUGUAGGGAGCAAAACGGUGCUGGUUCUUGUACCUGCAUCGAGGAUCACUUUGGAAAUCCGUACGAAGGUUGUCGCCCCGAGUGUGUCUUGAACUCCGAUUGUCCCACGAACCGUGCCUGCGUUCGGAACAAAUGUCAGGAUCCUUGUCCCGGAACCUGCGGCCAGAACGCCGAGUGCCAGGUUGUCAACCAUCUGCCCUCGUGCACGUGCAUCGAGGGAUACGAGGGAGAUCCCUUCCGUUAUUGUGUUUUGAAGCAGAGAGAACCAAUUCUAGUAAGCAAUCCAUGCGUACCAAGUCCUUGUGGCCCCAACAGUCAAUGUCGCGAGAUCAACGAACAGUCUGUUUGUUCAUGCUUGCCCACUUAUAUCGGAUCUCCUCCUGGAUGUCGUCCAGAAUGCGUAACUAGUUCUGAGUGUGCAAUGGACAAAGCAUGCAUCAACCAAAGAUGCACUGAUCCGUGCCCCGGAACAUGCGGAAACAACGCAAGAUGUAACGUUAACAAUCAUAGUCCCAUUUGCUCGUGUCGUUCCGGAUACACCGGAGAUCCAUUCACAAGAUGCUAUCCCAACCCACCUCCACCACAAGACACUCAAGUCGUUGUCCGUGAUCCUUGCGUACCAUCUCCCUGUGGAUCGAAUGCUCAGUGUAGAAACAUCAAUGGAGUUCCUUCCUGCUCUUGUCUAGUCAAUUACAUUGGAUCUCCACCGAACUGUCGACCAGAGUGUACCAUCAACGCGGAAUGUCCAAGCAAUCAAGCAUGUAUGAAUGAAAAGUGCAGAGACCCAUGCCCUGGAUCAUGCGGAAUCGGUGCAAGAUGUAACGUAAUCAAUCAUACUCCGAUUUGCACUUGUGAGUCUGGAUAUACCGGAGACCCGUUCACGAACUGUUACCCUGAACCACCUCCACCACGAGAGCCUGUCCGUGAUGAUCCUUGUAAUCCAUCUCCAUGUGGACCAAACGCACAAUGCAACAAUGGAAUCUGCUCUUGCCUGCCUGAAUACCAAGGAGAUCCAUACCAAGGUUGUAGACCUGAAUGUGUUCUUAAUUCGGACUGUCCUCGUGAUAGGGCUUGUAUUCGAAGCAAAUGUAUCGAUCCUUGUCCUGGAACAUGUGGUCAAGAUGCGAUCUGCGAAGUCAUCAAUCACAUUCCAAUGUGUAGCUGUCCGAAUGGAAUGGCCGGAAAUGCAUUCGUACAAUGCAGACCACAACAAGCUCCACCAGUAACAAAUCGAUGCAAUCCAUCUCCAUGUGGACCAAACAGUCAAUGCCGGGAGAUCAACGGACAAGCAGUAUGCUCAUGCGUACCCGGAUUCAUUGGAAGUCCACCGACCUGCAGACCUGAAUGUGUUGUCAGCUCUGAAUGUCCACAAAACCAAGCUUGCAACAAUCAGAAGUGUCGAGAUCCUUGUCCCGGAACAUGUGGAGUUGGAGCUAGAUGCUCGGUUGUCAAUCACAAUCCAAUCUGCAGUUGUCCAGAACGAUUUACUGGAGAUCCGUUUGUCCGUUGUCAGCCCAUCAUUGAAACUCCUGUUCAAAUGACCCCUGUCAACCCUUGCCAACCCAAUCCUUGUGGUCCAAAUGCCGAGUGUCGGCCAGUGGGUGAUUCGCCAUCUUGCACAUGCUUGGAUAACAUGAUCGGUUCUCCGCCAAACUGUCGUCCAGAAUGCAUCAGUAAUUCUGAGUGUGCCAGCAACCUGGCAUGCAUCCGACAAAAGUGUCAAGAUCCUUGCACUGGAGCAUGUGGAGCCAAUGCAGAGUGCAGAGUUGUCAGUCACACACCCAUGUGUAUAUGCUCGAUUGGCUUCACCGGAGAUCCAUUCACUCAAUGUUUGCCGGUUCAACAAGAUGUACCGAGGGAACCAAGUUCUCCCUGUACACCAAGCCCAUGUGGAGCCAACGCAAACUGUAGAGAACAGAACGGAGCUGGUUCAUGUACUUGUAUUGAGGACCAUUUCGGAAACCCAUACGAAGGAUGUCGUCCAGAAUGUGUUUUGAACUCCGACUGUCCUUCAAACAGAGCAUGUGUCAGAAACAAAUGCCAAGAUCCAUGCCCUGGAACAUGCGGACAGAAUGCCAACUGUCAAGUUGUAAAUCAUUUGCCUUCCUGCUCUUGCUACGAUGGAUAUGAGGGAGAUCCAUUUAGAUUUUGUAACAUGGUGCAAAGAGAUCCUACUCCCCAAUAUGUCAACCCAUGCCAACCAAGCCCAUGCGGCCCCAACAGUCAAUGUCGGGAGAUUAACGGGCAGGCUGUUUGUUCAUGUUUGCCCACUUAUAUCGGAUCUCCACCUGGAUGUCGACCAGAAUGUGUCACCAGCUCCGAGUGUCCUUUGGAUAGGGCAUGUGUCAACCAGAAAUGUGUCGAUCCUUGUCCAGGAACGUGCGGCACUAAUGCAAGAUGCAAUGUCAACAAUCAUAGUCCCAUCUGCUCUUGUCAAUCCGGAUAUACUGGAGAUCCAUUCACACGAUGUUAUCCCAACCCACCUCCACCACAAGACACUCAAGUCGUUGUCCGGGAUCCCUGUGUUCCUUCACCAUGUGGUCCCAAUUCGCAAUGUAGAAAUAUCAAUGGAGUUCCUUCCUGCUCUUGUCUCGUCAAUUACAUUGGAUCUCCACCGAACUGUCGACCAGAGUGUACCAUCAACGCGGAAUGUCCAAGCAAUCAAGCAUGUAUGAAUGAAAAGUGCAGAGAUCCAUGCCCUGGAUCAUGCGGAAUCGGUGCAAGAUGUAACGUAAUCAAUCAUACUCCGAUUUGCACUUGUGAGUCUGGAUAUACCGGAGACCCGUUCACGAACUGUUACCCAGAACCACCUCCACCACGAGAGCCUGUUCGUGAUGAUCCUUGCAAUCCAUCUCCAUGUGGACCAAAUGCUCAAUGCAAUAAUGGAAUCUGCACAUGCUUGCCUGAAUACCAAGGAGACCCAUACCAAGGUUGUAGACCUGAAUGUGUUCUCAAUUCGGACUGUCCUCGUGAUAGGGCUUGUAUUCGAAGCAAAUGUAUCGAUCCUUGUCCUGGAACAUGCGGACAAGAUGCAAUAUGUGAGGUCAUCAAUCACAUUCCAAUGUGUAGCUGUCCAAACGGAAUGGCCGGAAAUGCCUUCGUACAAUGCAGACCACAACAAGCUCCACCAGUAACAAACCCAUGCAAUCCAUCUCCAUGUGGACCAAACAGUCAAUGCCGGGAGAUCAACGGACAAGCAGUAUGCUCAUGCGUACCCGGAUUCAUUGGAAGUCCACCGACCUGCAGACCGGAAUGUGUUGUCAGCUCUGAAUGUCCACAAAACCAAGCUUGCAACAAUCAGAAGUGUCGAGAUCCUUGUCCCGGAACAUGUGGAGUUGGGGCUAGAUGCUCGGUUGUCAAUCACAAUCCAAUCUGUAGUUGUCCAGAACGAUUCACUGGAGAUCCGUUUGUCCGUUGUCAGCCCAUCAUUGAAACUCCUGUUCAAAUGACCCCUGUCAACCCUUGCCAACCCAAUCCUUGUGGUCCAAAUGCCGAGUGUCGGCCAGUGGGUGAUUCGCCAUCUUGCACAUGCUUGGAUAACAUGAUCGGUUCUCCGCCAAACUGUCGUCCAGAAUGCAUCAGUAAUUCUGAGUGUGCCAGCAACCUGGCAUGCAUCCGACAAAAGUGUCAAGAUCCUUGCACUGGAGCAUGUGGAGCCAAUGCAGAGUGCAGAGUUGUCAGUCACACACCCAUGUGUAUAUGCUCGAUUGGCUUCACCGGAGAUCCAUUCACUCAAUGUUUGCCGGUUCAACAAGAUGUACCGAGGGAACCAAGUUCUCCCUGUACACCAAGCCCAUGCGGAGCCAACGCAAACUGUAGAGAACAGAACGGAGCUGGUUCAUGUACUUGUAUUGAGGAUCAUUUCGGAAAUCCAUACGAAGGAUGUCGUCCAGAAUGUGUUUUGAACUCCGACUGUCCUUCAAACAGAGCAUGUGUCAGAAACAAAUGCCAAGAUCCAUGCCCUGGAACAUGCGGACAGAACGCCAACUGUCAAGUUGUAAAUCAUUUGCCCUCCUGCUCUUGCUACGAUGGAUAUGAGGGAGAUCCAUUUAGAUUUUGUAACAUGGUGCAAAGAGAUCCUACUCCCCAAUAUGUCAACCCAUGCCAACCAAGCCCAUGCGGCCCCAACAGUCAAUGUCGGGAGAUUAACGGGCAGGCUGUUUGUUCAUGUUUGCCCACUUAUAUCGGAUCUCCACCUGGAUGUCGACCAGAAUGUGUCACCAGCUCCGAGUGUCCUUUGGAUAGGGCAUGUGUCAACCAGAAAUGUGUCGAUCCUUGUCCAGGAACGUGCGGCACUAAUGCAAGAUGCAAUGUCAACAAUCAUAGUCCCAUCUGCUCUUGUCAAUCCGGAUAUACUGGAGAUCCAUUCACACGAUGUUAUCCCAACCCACCUCCACCACAAGACACUCAAGUCGUUGUCCGGGAUCCCUGUGUUCCUUCACCAUGUGGUCCCAAUUCGCAAUGUAGAAAUAUCAAUGGAGUUCCUUCCUGCUCUUGUCUCGUCAAUUACAUUGGAUCUCCACCGAACUGUCGACCAGAGUGUACCAUCAACGCGGAAUGUCCAAGCAAUCAAGCAUGUAUGAAUGAAAAGUGCAGAGACCCAUGCCCUGGAUCAUGCGGAAUCGGUGCAAGAUGUAACGUGAUCAAUCAUACUCCAAUUUGCACUUGUGAGUCUGGAUAUACCGGAGACCCGUUCACGAACUGUUACCCAGAACCACCUCCACCACGAGAGCCUGUUCGUGAUGAUCCUUGCAAUCCAUCUCCAUGUGGACCAAAUGCUCAAUGCAAUAAUGGAAUCUGCACAUGCUUGCCUGAAUACCAAGGAGACCCAUACCAAGGGUGUAGACCUGAAUGUGUUCUCAAUUCGGACUGUCCUCGUGAUAGGGCUUGUAUUCGAAGCAAAUGUAUCGAUCCUUGUCCUGGAACAUGCGGACAAGAUGCGAUCUGCGAAGUUAUCAACCACAUUCCAAUGUGUAGCUGUCCAAACGGAAUGGCCGGAAAUGCAUUCGUACAAUGCAGACCUCAACAAGCUCCACCAGUAACAAACCCAUGCAAUCCAUCUCCAUGUGGACCAAACAGUCAAUGCCGGGAGAUCAACGGACAAGCAGUAUGCUCAUGCGUACCCGGAUUCAUUGGAAGUCCACCAACCUGCAGACCGGAAUGUGUCGUCAGCUCUGAGUGUCCACAAAACCAAGCUUGCAACAAUCAGAAGUGUCGAGAUCCUUGUCCCGGAACAUGUGGAGUUGGAGCUAGAUGCUCGGUUGUCAAUCACAAUCCAAUCUGUAGCUGUCCAGAACGAUUUACUGGAGAUCCGUUUGUCCGUUGUCAGCCCAUCAUUGAAACUCCUGUUCAAAUGACCCCUGUCAACCCUUGCCAACCCAAUCCUUGUGGUCCAAAUGCCGAGUGUCGGCCAGUGGGUGAUUCGCCAUCUUGCACAUGCUUGGAUAACAUGAUCGGUUCUCCGCCAAACUGUCGUCCAGAAUGCAUCAGUAAUUCUGAGUGUGCCAGCAACCUGGCAUGCAUCCGACAAAAGUGUCAAGAUCCUUGCACUGGAGCAUGUGGAGCCAAUGCAGAGUGCAGAGUUGUCAGUCACACACCCAUGUGUAUAUGCUCGAUUGGCUUCACCGGAGAUCCAUUCACUCAAUGUUUGCCGGUUCAACAAGAUGUGCCGAGGGAACCAAGUUCUCCCUGUACACCAAGCCCAUGCGGAGCCAACGCAAACUGUAGAGAACAGAACGGAGCUGGUUCAUGUACUUGUAUUGAGGACCAUUUCGGAAAUCCAUACGAAGGAUGUCGUCCAGAAUGUGUUUUGAACUCCGACUGUCCUUCAAACAGAGCAUGUGUCAGAAACAAAUGCCAAGAUCCAUGCCCUGGGACAUGCGGACAGAACGCCAAUUGCCAAGUGGUGAACCAUCUGCCAUCGUGUACUUGUAUUCCUGGUUACGAGGGAGAUCCGUUCAGAUUCUGUAACAUUCGACAGCGGGAACCAAUUCAACAAUACGUCAAUCCAUGCCAGCCAAGUCCAUGCGGCCCCAACAGUCAAUGUCGGGAGAUUAACGGGCAGGCUGUUUGCUCAUGUUUGCCCACUUAUAUCGGAUCUCCACCUGGAUGUCGACCGGAAUGUGUCACCAGUUCCGAGUGUCCUUUGGAUAGGGCAUGUGUCAACCAGAAAUGUGUCGAUCCUUGUCCAGGAACGUGCGGCACUAAUGCAAGAUGCAAUGUCAACAAUCAUAGUCCCAUCUGCUCUUGUCAAUCCGGAUAUACUGGAGAUCCAUUCACACGAUGUUAUCCCAACCCACCUCCACCACAAGACACUCAAGUCAUUGUCCGGGAUCCCUGUGUUCCUUCACCAUGUGGUCCCAAUUCGCAAUGUAGAAAUAUCAAUGGAGUUCCUUCCUGCUCUUGUCUCGUCAAUUACAUUGGAUCUCCACCCAACUGUCGACCAGAGUGUACCAUCAACGCGGAAUGUCCAAGCAAUCAAGCAUGUAUGAAUGAAAAGUGCAGAGACCCAUGCCCUGGAUCAUGCGGAAUCGGUGCAAGAUGUAACGUAAUCAAUCAUACUCCGAUUUGCACUUGUGAGUCUGGAUAUACCGGAGACCCGUUCACGAACUGUUACCCAGAACCACCCCCACCACGAGAGCCUGUCCGUGAUGAUCCUUGCAAUCCAUCUCCAUGUGGACCAAAUGCUCAAUGCAACAAUGGAAUCUGCACAUGCCUGCCUGAAUACCAAGGAGACCCAUACCAAGGGUGUAGACCUGAAUGUGUUCUCAAUUCGGACUGUCCUCGUGAUAGGGCUUGUAUUCGAAGCAAAUGUAUCGAUCCUUGUCCUGGAACAUGUGGACAAGAUGCAAUAUGCGAGGUUAUCAACCACAUUCCAAUGUGUAGCUGUCCGAAUGGAAUGGCCGGAAAUGCAUUCGUACAAUGCAGACCUCAACAAGCUCCACCAGUAACAAAUCCAUGCAAUCCGUCUCCAUGUGGACCAAACAGUCAAUGCCGGGAGAUCAACGGACAAGCAGUAUGCUCAUGCGUACCCGGAUUCAUUGGAAGUCCACCGACCUGCAGACCUGAAUGUGUUGUCAGCUCUGAGUGUCCACAAAACCAAGCUUGCAACAAUCAGAAGUGUCGAGAUCCUUGUCCCGGAACAUGUGGAGUUGGGGCUAGAUGCUCGGUUGUCAAUCACAAUCCAAUCUGUAGCUGUCCAGAACGAUUUACUGGAGAUCCGUUUGUCCGUUGUCAGCCCAUUAUUGAAACUCCUGUUCAAAUGACCCCUGUCAACCCUUGCCAACCAAAUCCUUGUGGUCCAAAUGCGGAGUGUCGGCCAGUGGGUGAUUCGCCAUCUUGCAAAUGCUUGGAUAACAUGAUCGGUUCUCCGCCAAACUGUCGUCCAGAAUGCAUCAGUAAUUCUGAGUGUGCCAGCAACCUGGCAUGCAUCCGACAAAAGUGUCAAGAUCCUUGCACUGGAGCAUGUGGAGCCAAUGCAGAGUGCAGAGUUGUCAGUCACACACCCAUGUGUAUAUGCUCGAUUGGCUUCACCGGAGAUCCAUUCACUCAAUGUUUGCCGGUUCAACAAGAUGUACCGAGGGAACCAAGUUCUCCCUGUACACCAAGCCCAUGCGGAGCCAACGCAAACUGUAGAGAACAGAACGGAGCUGGUUCAUGUACUUGUAUCGAGGACCAUUUUGGAAACCCAUACGAAGGAUGUCGUCCAGAAUGUGUUUUGAACUCCGACUGUCCUUCAAACAGAGCAUGUGUCAGAAACAAAUGCCAAGAUCCAUGCCCUGGAACAUGCGGACAGAACGCCAAUUGCCAGGUGGUGAACCAUCUGCCAUCGUGUACUUGCAUUCCUGGUUACGAGGGAGAUCCGUUCCGAUUUUGCAAUAUUCAACAACGAGAACCAAUUCAACAAUACGUCAAUCCAUGCCAGCCAAGUCCAUGCGGCCCCAACAGUCAAUGUCGGGAGAUUAACGGGCAGGCUGUUUGCUCAUGUUUGCCCACUUAUAUCGGAUCUCCACCUGGAUGUCGACCGGAAUGUGUCACCAGUUCCGAGUGUCCUUUGGAUAGGGCAUGUGUCAACCAGAAAUGUGUCGAUCCUUGUCCAGGAACGUGCGGCACUAAUGCAAGAUGCAAUGUCAACAAUCAUAGUCCCAUCUGCUCUUGUCAAUCCGGAUAUACUGGAGAUCCAUUCACACGAUGUUAUCCCAACCCACCUCCACCACAAGACACUCAAGUCGUUGUCCGGGAUCCCUGUGUUCCUUCACCAUGUGGUCCCAAUUCGCAAUGUAGAAAUAUCAAUGGAGUUCCUUCCUGCUCUUGUCUCGUCAAUUACAUUGGAGCUCCACCGAACUGUCGACCAGAGUGUACCAUCAACGCGGAAUGUCCAAGCAAUCAAGCAUGUAUGAAUGAAAAGUGCAGAGAUCCAUGCCCUGGAUCAUGCGGAAUCGGUGCAAGAUGUAACGUGAUCAAUCAUACUCCGAUUUGCACUUGUGAAUCUGGAUACACCGGAGACCCAUUCACGAACUGUUACCCUGAACCACCUCCACCACGAGAGCCUGUUCGUGAUGAUCCUUGCAAUCCAUCUCCAUGUGGACCAAAUGCUCAAUGCAACAAUGGAAUCUGCUCAUGCCUGCCUGAAUACCAAGGAGAUCCAUACCAAGGUUGUAGACCUGAAUGUGUUCUCAAUUCGGAUUGUCCUCGAGACAAGGCUUGUAUUCGAAGCAAAUGUAUCGAUCCUUGUCCUGGAACAUGCGGACAAGAUGCAAUAUGUGAGGUCAUCAAUCACAUUCCAAUGUGUAGCUGUCCAAACGGAAUGGCCGGAAAUGCCUUCGUACAAUGCAGACCACAACAAGCUCCACCAGUAACAAACCCAUGCAAUCCAUCUCCAUGUGGACCAAACAGUCAAUGCCGGGAGAUCAACGGACAAGCAGUAUGCUCAUGCGUACCCGGAUUCAUUGGAAGUCCACCGACCUGCAGACCGGAAUGUGUUGUCAGCUCUGAAUGUCCACAAAACCAAGCUUGCAACAAUCAGAAGUGUCGAGAUCCUUGUCCCGGAACAUGUGGAGUUGGGGCUAGAUGCUCGGUUGUCAAUCACAAUCCAAUCUGUAGCUGUCCAGAACGAUUUACUGGAGAUCCGUUUGUCCGUUGUCAGCCCAUCAUUGAAACUCCUGUUCAAAUGACCCCUGUCAACCCUUGCCAACCCAAUCCUUGUGGUCCAAAUGCCGAGUGUCGGCCAGUGGGUGAUUCGCCAUCUUGCACAUGCUUGGAUAACAUGAUCGGUUCUCCGCCAAACUGUCGUCCAGAAUGCAUCAGUAAUUCUGAGUGUGCCAGCAACCUGGCAUGCAUCCGACAAAAGUGUCAAGAUCCUUGCACUGGAGCAUGUGGAGCCAAUGCAGAGUGCAGAGUUGUCAGUCACACACCCAUGUGUAUAUGCUCGAUUGGCUUCACCGGAGAUCCAUUCACUCAAUGUUUGCCGGUUCAACAAGAUGUACCGAGGGAACCAAGUUCUCCCUGUACACCAAGCCCAUGCGGAGCCAACGCAAACUGUAGAGAACAGAACGGAGCUGGUUCAUGUACUUGUAUUGAGGACCAUUUCGGAAACCCAUACGAAGGAUGUCGUCCAGAAUGUGUUUUGAACUCCGACUGUCCUUCAAACAGAGCAUGUGUCAGAAACAAAUGCCAAGAUCCAUGCCCUGGGACAUGCGGACAGAACGCCAACUGCCAAGUGGUGAACCAUCUGCCAUCGUGUACUUGCAUUCCUGGUUACGAGGGAGAUCCGUUCAGAUUUUGCAAUAUUCAACAGCGAGAACCAAUCCAACAAUACGUCAAUCCUUGCCAACCAAGUCCAUGCGGCCCCAACAGUCAAUGUCGGGAGAUUAACGGGCAGGCUGUUUGCUCAUGUUUGCCCACUUAUAUCGGAUCUCCACCUGGAUGUCGACCGGAAUGUGUCACCAGUUCCGAGUGUCCUUUGGAUAGGGCAUGUGUCAACCAGAAAUGUGUCGAUCCUUGUCCAGGAACGUGCGGCACUAAUGCAAGAUGCAAUGUCAACAAUCAUAGUCCCAUCUGCUCUUGUCAAUCCGGAUAUACUGGAGAUCCAUUCACACGAUGUUAUCCCAACCCACCUCCACCACAAGACACUCAAGUCGUUGUCCGGGAUCCCUGUGUUCCUUCGCCAUGUGGUCCCAACUCGCAAUGUAGAAAUAUCCAUGGAGUUCCUUCCUGCUCAUGUCUAGUCAAUUACAUCGGAUCUCCACCCAACUGUCGACCAGAGUGUACCAUCAACGCGGAAUGUCCAAGCAAUCAAGCAUGUAUGAAUGAAAAGUGCAGAGACCCAUGCCCUGGAUCAUGCGGAAUCGGUGCAAGAUGUAACGUGAUCAAUCAUACUCCGAUUUGCACUUGUGAGUCUGGAUACACCGGAGACCCGUUCACGAACUGUUACCCGGAACCCCCUCCACCACGAGAGCCUGUCCGUGAUGAUCCUUGUAAUCCAUCUCCAUGUGGACCAAACGCACAAUGCAACAAUGGAAUCUGCUCAUGCCUGCCUGAAUACCAAGGAGAUCCAUACCAAGGUUGUAGACCUGAAUGUGUUCUCAAUUCGGAUUGUCCUCGUGAUAAAGCUUGUAUUCGAAGCAAAUGUAUCGAUCCUUGUCCUGGAACAUGUGGACAAGAUGCAAUAUGUGAGGUCAUCAACCACAUUCCAAUGUGUAGCUGUCCAAACGGAAUGGCCGGAAAUGCAUUCGUACAAUGCAGACCACAACAAGCUCCACCAGUAACAAACCCAUGCAAUCCAUCUCCAUGUGGACCAAACAGUCAAUGCCGGGAGAUCAACGGACAAGCAGUAUGCUCAUGCGUACCCGGAUUCAUUGGAAGUCCACCGACUUGCAGACCGGAAUGUGUCGUCAGCUCUGAAUGUCCACAAAAUCAAGCUUGUAACAAUCAGAAGUGCCGAGAUCCUUGUCCCGGAACGUGUGGAGUUGGGGCUAGAUGCUCGGUUGUCAAUCACAAUCCAAUCUGUAGCUGUCCAGAACGUUUCACUGGAGAUCCGUUUGUCCGUUGUCAGCCCAUCAUUGAAACUCCUGUUCAAAUGACCCCUGUCAACCCUUGCCAACCCAAUCCUUGUGGUCCAAAUGCCGAGUGUCGACCCGUGGGUGAUUCGCCAUCUUGCACAUGCUUGGAUAACAUGAUCGGUUCUCCACCAAACUGUCGUCCGGAAUGCAUCAGCAAUUCUGAGUGUUCAAACAACCUCGCAUGUAUUCGACAGAAAUGUCAGAACCCUUGCAUAGGCGCUUGUGGUUUAAAUGCCGAAUGCAGAGUGGUCAGUCAUACUCCAAUGUGCAUAUGCACUGUUGGCUAUACUGGCGACCCAUUCACUCAAUGCAUGACAAUUCAGCAAGAUAUAAAUAGAGAUCCAGUUUCACCAUGUUCACCAAGUCCAUGUGGAGCGAAUGCAGUGUGCAAAGAGCAAAGUGGUGCUGGAUCUUGCUCGUGUAUUGAAGACCAUUUCGGUAAUCCCUAUGAAGGAUGCAGACCAGAGUGCGUAUUGAACUCUGACUGCCCUUCAAAUCGUGCAUGUAUUCGUAACAAAUGUCAAGAUCCUUGCCCCGGAACAUGUGGGCAAAAUGCUGAAUGCCAGGUUGUCAAUCACUUACCAUCAUGUACAUGCAAUGUUGGUUACGAUGGAGAUCCUUUCCGAUUCUGCAACAUACAACAAAGAGAACCGGAACCAAUGUACAAAAACCCAUGCCAACCAAACCCUUGUGGCCCCAACAGUCAAUGUCGGGAGAUCAACGGGCAGGCUGUUUGCUCAUGUUUGCCCACUUAUAUCGGAUCUCCACCUGGAUGUCGACCGGAAUGCGUCACCAGUUCCGAGUGUCCUUUGGAUAGGGCAUGUGUCAACCAGAAAUGUGUCGAUCCUUGUCCAGGAACAUGUGGCACUAAUGCAAGAUGCAAUGUCAACAAUCAUAGUCCCAUCUGCUCUUGUCAAUCCGGAUAUACUGGAGAUCCAUUCACACGAUGUUAUCCCAACCCACCUCCACCACAAGACACUCAAGUCAUUGUCCGGGAUCCCUGUGUUCCUUCACCAUGUGGUCCCAAUUCGCAAUGUAGAAAUAUCAAUGGAGUUCCUUCCUGCUCUUGUCUCGUCAAUUACAUUGGAUCUCCACCCAACUGUCGACCAGAGUGUACCAUCAACGCGGAAUGUCCAAGCAAUCAAGCAUGUAUGAAUGAAAAAUGCAGAGACCCAUGCCCUGGAUCAUGCGGCAUCGGUGCCAGAUGUAACGUAAUCAAUCAUACUCCAAUUUGCACAUGUGAGUCUGGAUACACCGGAGACCCGUUCACGAACUGUUACCCUGAACCACCUCCACCACGAGAGCCUGUCCGUGAUGAUCCUUGUAAUCCAUCUCCAUGUGGACCAAAUGCACAAUGCAACAAUGGAAUCUGCUCAUGCCUGCCCGAAUACCAAGGAGACCCAUACCAAGGUUGUAGACCUGAAUGUGUUCUCAAUUCGGAUUGUCCUCGAGACAAGGCUUGUAUUCGAAGCAAAUGUAUCGAUCCUUGUCCUGGAACAUGCGGUCAAGAUGCGAUUUGCGAGGUCAUCAAUCACAUUCCGAUGUGUAGCUGUCCGAACGGAAUGGCCGGAAAUGCAUUCGUACAAUGCAGACCACAACAAGCUCCACCAGUAACAAACCCAUGCAAUCCAUCUCCAUGUGGACAAAACAGUCAAUGCCGGGAGAUCAACGGACAAGCAGUAUGCUCAUGCGUACCCGGAUUCAUUGGAAGUCCACCAACUUGCAGACCGGAAUGUGUUGUCAGCUCUGAGUGUCCACAAAACCAAGCUUGCAACAAUCAGAAGUGUCGAGAUCCCUGUCCCGGAACAUGUGGAGUUGGAGCUAGAUGCUCGGUUGUCAAUCACAAUCCAAUCUGUAGCUGUCCAGAACGUUUCACUGGAGAUCCGUUUGUCCGUUGUCAGCCCAUCAUUGAAACUCCUGUUCAAAUGACCCCUGUCAACCCUUGCCAACCAAAUCCUUGUGGUCCAAAUGCGGAGUGUCGGCCAGUGGGUGAUUCGCCAUCUUGCAAAUGCUUGGAUAACAUGAUCGGUUCUCCGCCAAACUGUCGUCCAGAAUGCAUCAGUAAUUCUGAGUGUGCCAGCAACCUGGCAUGCAUCCGACAAAAGUGUCAAGAUCCUUGCACUGGAGCAUGUGGAGCCAAUGCAGAGUGCAGAGUUGUCAGUCACACACCCAUGUGUAUAUGCUCGAUUGGCUUCACCGGAGAUCCAUUCACUCAAUGUUUGCCGGUUCAACAAGAUGUUCCAAGAGAACCAUCUUCACCAUGUAUGCCAAGUCCAUGUGGAGCUAAUGCAAUUUGUCGAGAGCAGAAUGGAGCUGGUUCUUGCACAUGUAUGGAUGAUCAUAUUGGUAAUCCCUAUGAAGGAUGCAGACCAGAGUGUGUUCUGAACUCGGACUGUCCGUCUGAUCGCGCUUGCAUUCGAAGCAAGUGUCAGGAUCCGUGCCCAGGAACUUGUGGGCAAAAUGCAGACUGCCAAGUUGUCAAUCAUUUACCAUCUUGUACCUGCAUUUCUGGAUAUGAAGGAGAUCCUUUCAGAUUCUGCAACAUCCAGCAAAGAGAACCGAUCCAACAAUACGUCAAUCCAUGCCAACCAAGUCCAUGCGGCCCCAACAGUCAAUGUCGGGAGAUCAACGGGCAGGCUGUUUGCUCAUGUUUGCCCACUUAUAUCGGAUCUCCACCUGGAUGUCGACCGGAAUGCGUCACCAGUUCCGAGUGUCCUUUGGAUAGGGCAUGUGUCAACCAGAAAUGUGUCGAUCCUUGUCCAGGAACAUGUGGCACUAAUGCAAGAUGCAAUGUCAACAAUCAUAGUCCCAUCUGCUCUUGCCAAUCCGGAUAUACAGGAGAUCCAUUCACACGAUGUUAUCCCAACCCACCUCCACCACAAGACACUCAAGUCGUUGUCCGGGAUCCCUGUGUUCCUUCGCCAUGUGGUCCCAAUUCGCAAUGUAGAAAUAUCAAUGGAGUUCCUUCCUGCUCUUGUCUAGUCAAUUACAUUGGAUCUCCACCCAACUGUCGACCAGAGUGUACCAUCAACGCGGAAUGUCCAAGCAAUCAAGCAUGUAUGAAUGAAAAGUGCAGAGAUCCAUGCCCUGGAUCAUGCGGCAUCGGUGCCAGAUGUAACGUAAUCAAUCAUACUCCAAUUUGCACAUGUGAGUCUGGAUACACCGGAGACCCGUUCACGAACUGUUACCCUGAACCACCUCCACCACGAGAGCCUGUCCGUGAUGAUCCUUGCAAUCCAUCUCCAUGUGGACCAAAUGCUCAAUGCAACAAUGGAAUCUGCACAUGCCUGCCCGAAUACCAAGGAGACCCAUACCAAGGUUGUAGACCUGAAUGUGUUCUCAAUUCGGAUUGUCCUCGAGACAAGGCUUGUAUUCGAAGCAAAUGUAUCGAUCCUUGUCCUGGAACAUGCGGACAAGAUGCAAUAUGUGAGGUCAUCAAUCACAUUCCAAUGUGUAGCUGUCCAAACGGAAUGGCCGGAAAUGCCUUCGUACAAUGCAGACCACAACAAGCUCCACCAGUAACAAACCCAUGCAAUCCAUCUCCAUGUGGACCAAACAGUCAAUGCCGGGAGAUCAACGGACAAGCAGUAUGCUCAUGCGUACCCGGAUUCAUUGGAAGUCCACCGACCUGCAGACCGGAAUGUGUUGUCAGCUCUGAGUGUCCACAAAACCAAGCUUGCAACAAUCAGAAGUGUCGAGAUCCUUGUCCCGGAACAUGUGGAGUUGGUGCUAGAUGCUCGGUUGUCAAUCAUAAUCCAAUCUGCAGCUGUCCAGAACGAUUCACUGGAGAUCCGUUUGUCCGUUGUCAGCCCAUCAUUGAAACUCCUGUUCAAAUGACCCCUGUCAAUCCUUGCCAACCCAAUCCUUGUGGUCCGAAUGCGGAGUGUCGGCCAGUGGGUGAUUCGCCAUCUUGCACAUGCUUGGAUAACAUGAUCGGUUCUCCGCCAAACUGUCGUCCAGAAUGCAUCAGUAAUUCUGAUUGUGCCAGCAAUCUUGCAUGCAUUCGACAAAAGUGCCAAGAUCCUUGCAUUGGAGCAUGUGGAGCCAAUGCAGAGUGCAGAGUUGUCAGUCACACACCCAUGUGUAUAUGCUCGAUUGGUUUCACCGGAGAUCCAUUCACUCAAUGUUUGCCGGUUCAACAAGAUGUGCCGAGGGAACCAAGUUCUCCCUGUACACCAAGCCCAUGCGGAGCCAACGCAAACUGUAGAGAACAGAACGGAGCAGGUUCAUGUACUUGUAUUGAGGACCAUUUCGGAAACCCAUACGAAGGAUGUCGUCCAGAAUGUGUUUUGAACUCCGACUGUCCUUCAAACAGAGCAUGUGUCAGAAACAAAUGCCAAGAUCCAUGCCCUGGAACAUGCGGACAGAACGCCAAUUGCCAAGUGGUGAACCAUCUGCCAUCGUGUACUUGCAUUCCUGGUUACGAGGGAGAUCCGUUCCGAUUCUGCAAUAUUCAACAGCGAGAACCACCAGUCUAUCAAAACCCGUGUCAACCAAACCCAUGUGGACCAAACAGUCAGUGCAGGGAAGUUAAUGGACAAGGAGUUUGCUCAUGUUUGCCCACUUAUAUCGGAUCUCCACCGGGAUGUCGUCCCGAAUGUGUCACAAGUUCGGAAUGUUCAUUGGACAAAGCUUGUGUCAACCAGAAAUGUGUCGAUCCAUGCCCGGGAGCAUGCGGGGCGAAUGCAAGAUGUAACGUCAACAAUCAUAGUCCCAUCUGCUCUUGUCAGUCUGGUUACACAGGAGAUCCAUUUACACGAUGCUAUCCUAAUCCACCACCACCGAAAGAUACUCCAGUUACCAUUCGUGAUCCUUGCGUACCAUCUCCGUGCGGUCCCAACUCACAGUGUAGAAACAUCAAUGGAGUUCCAUCUUGCUCUUGUCUAGUCAAUUACAUUGGAUCUCCACCGAACUGUCGGCCCGAAUGUACCAUUAAUGCGGAAUGUCCAAGCAAUCAAGCAUGUAUGAAUGAAAAGUGCAGGGACCCAUGUCCUGGAUCAUGCGGAAUCGGUGCCAGAUGUAACGUGAUCAAUCAUACUCCCAUUUGCACUUGUGAGUCUGGAUACACCGGAGACCCGUUCACGAACUGUUACCCGGAACCACCUCCACCACGAGAGCCUGUCCGUGAUGAUCCUUGCAAUCCAUCUCCAUGUGGACCAAAUGCUCAAUGCAACAAUGGAAUCUGCUCAUGCCUGCCUGAAUACCAAGGAGACCCAUACCAAGGGUGUAGACCUGAAUGUGUUCUCAAUUCGGACUGUCCUCGUGAUAAGGCUUGUAUUCGAAGCAAAUGUAUCGAUCCUUGUCCUGGGACAUGCGGACAAGAUGCGAUCUGCGAAGUUGUCAAUCAUGUACCGGUUUGCAGCUGUCCGAACGGAAUGACUGGUAACGCUUUUGUACAAUGCAGACCACAACAAGCUCCUCCAGUCACGAACCCGUGCAAUCCGUCACCAUGUGGACCGAACAGUCAAUGCCGAGAGAUCAACGGACAAGCUGUUUGUUCGUGUGUGAUGGGAUUCAUAGGAAGUCCGCCAGCAUGCCGACCGGAAUGUGUCGUUAGCUCUGAAUGUCCACAAAAUCAAGCUUGUAACAAUCAGAAGUGUCGAGAUCCUUGUCCCGGAACAUGUGGAGUAGGCGCAAGAUGUACUGUUGUCAAUCACAAUCCAAUCUGCAGUUGUCCUGAACGUUUCACCGGGGAUCCAUUUGUCCGCUGUCAACCAAUCAUUGAACAACCUGUCCAAAUGACGCCCGUGAAUCCUUGUCAACCAAGUCCUUGUGGACCGAAUGCCGUUUGUAGACAAGUCGGUGAUUCACCUUCGUGUACAUGUUUGGAAGAAAUGAUUGGUGCUCCGCCAAAUUGUCGCCCGGAAUGCGUCAGUAAUACCGAAUGUGCCAGCAAUUUAGCUUGUAUUCGACAGAAAUGCCAGGAUCCGUGUUCGGGAGCUUGCGGUGCAAAUGCAGAGUGCAGGGUUGUUAGCCACACACCGGUCUGCAUUUGCUCAAUUGGAUACACUGGUGAUCCAUUCACUCAGUGCGUAGUCGUACAGCAGGACAUUCCUAGAGAACAGACUUCUCCGUGUACACCAAGUCCUUGCGGAGCCAAUGCAAACUGUAGAGAACAGAACGGAGCUGGUUCGUGUACCUGUAUUGAAGACUACUUUGGAAACCCAUACGAGGGUUGCCGGCCCGAAUGCGUACUAAACUCCGAUUGCGCCUCGAACCGUGCUUGCAUCAACAACAAAUGCAAAGAUCCGUGUCCUGGAACAUGCGGCCAGAACGCCGAAUGCCAAGUAGUCAACCAUUUGCCAUCAUGUACCUGCUUCGUAGGAUACGAAGGGGAUCCAUUCAGAUAUUGCGAUGUUCAGCAACGAGAACCGGUGAAGGAAUAUGUCAAUCCUUGCCAACCGAACCCAUGUGGGCCAAAUAGCCAAUGCCGAGAAAUAAAUGAACAGGCUGUUUGCUCGUGCUUGCCCACAUACAUUGGAUCUCCACCCGGAUGUCGACCGGAAUGUGUCACCAGUUCCGAGUGUUCUUUGGAUAAGGCCUGCAUCAAUCAGAAAUGUGUCGACCCUUGCCCAGGAACCUGUGGCACUAAUGCACGUUGUAAUGUUAACAACCACAGUCCAAUUUGCUCUUGUCAGUCAGGAUACACUGGAGAUCCCUUCACUCGUUGCUUCCCGAAUCCACCGCCUCCCAAAGACACUCCAGUUACGGUACGAGAUCCUUGUGUACCAUCUCCGUGUGGUCCCAAUUCACUUUGUAGGAACAUCAACGGAGUACCAUCUUGUACGUGUCAGUCCAAUUACAUCGGAUCACCUCCAAACUGUAGACCGGAGUGUACAAUAAACGCAGAAUGUCAAAGCAAUCAAGCUUGUAUGAAUGAGAAGUGCAGAGAUCCUUGCCCGGGAUCGUGUGGUGUUGGAGCUCUUUGCAAUGUAAUCAAUCACACACCAAUUUGUACAUGUCAGCAAGGAUACAUCGGAGAUCCGUUCACCAAUUGUUACCCAGCGCCACCACCUCCAAGGGAGCCAAUAAGGGACGAUCCUUGCAAUCCGUCGCCAUGUGGAGCAAACGCUCAGUGUAACGAUGGUGUGUGCACGUGCCUACCAGAGUAUCAAGGAGACCCGUACCGUGGAUGCCGUCCUGAAUGUGUGCUCAACUCGGAAUGUCCCCGUGACAAGGCUUGCAUCCGCAGCAAAUGCGUUGAUCCAUGCCCAGGAACGUGUGGACAGGAAGCAUUGUGCGAAGUUACGAAUCAUAUACCGAUCUGUAGCUGUCCGCGAGGUAUGACGGGCAAUGCGUUCGUGCAGUGCACAGCACAGCGCGCUCCGGUUGAGACCGAUCCGUGCAAUCCGUCACCUUGUGGACCCAACAGCCAGUGUCGAGCCAUCAACGGACAGGCCGUCUGCUCGUGUGUAAUGGGAUUCGUUGGCAGCCCACCGUCAUGCCGGCCAGAAUGUUCGGUCAACUCUGAUUGUGUGCAAAACUUGGCCUGUGUCAACUUCAAAUGCCGAGAUCCUUGCCCAGGCACAUGUGGCUUAGGUGCCAGAUGUUCUGUGGUUAAUCACAAUCCAAUUUGCAGUUGUCCGUUCAAAAUGACCGGUGAUCCGUUUGUCCGAUGCUAUGAAAUUGUUGAAAGACCUGCCGUUCAAGACACUCCUCGAAACCCUUGCUAUCCCUCACCCUGUGGUCCCAAUGCUAUCUGCGAGAAUCGUAACGGAAACCCGUCUUGCUCUUGUCUGCCCAAUAUGAUCGGUUCUCCUCCUAGCUGUCGACCCGAGUGUGUCAGCAAUUCAGAUUGCUCCAACACUCUAGCGUGUAUAAAUCAAAGGUGUCAAGAUCCUUGUCCAAAUGCGUGUGGAACAAAUGCCGACUGUCGUGUCUCUCUUCACAUUGCGAACUGCAUUUGUCCUUCGGGGUACACGGGCAAUCCGUUCGUCGCCUGUUUCGUUGAAACAAAACCACCACCGGAAGUUGACCGAUCACCACCAGAAGAUCCGUGCUAUCCAUCACCGUGUGGCACGAACGCUCGUUGUCGUCCGGUGGACGGUGGCGCAGUCUGCGAAUGCUUCGAGAACUACUUUGGCAAUCCGUACACCUCUUGUCGACCGGAGUGUGUGACAAACUCGGAAUGUUCCAGGAAUACGGCCUGUAUUCAGAACCGGUGCAAGGAUCCUUGCCCGGGAGUGUGCGGCCACAACGCCGAAUGUAGCGUCAUUAAUCACACUCCGACGUGUACCUGUCGCGAGGGAAUGGUUGGAAACGCGUUUGAGCAAUGCCUGCGUGAAGAGAAACCACCUGCGCCAAGUGAUCCGUGCUAUCCGUCCCCAUGUGGGCUGAACACGGUUUGCCGAUCGUCGGGAGGAAACGCCGUUUGCGAAUGUUUGCCAGACUUCAAAGGAACGCCGUUCGGAAGAGGAUGCUACCCAGAGUGUACGAUCAACUCGGAUUGUCCGAGGGAUAAGACAUGCGUCAACAAGAAGUGCGUCGAUCCAUGCCCAGGAGUUUGCGGAUACAGAGCUGUCUGCCAUGCGAUCAACAACAGUCCGGUGUGCUCGUGUCCGAACAACAUGAUUGGCGAUCCUUUCGUCGAGUGUAAGGAAGCGGCACCAAAGGAUCCAUGCAAUCCGUCACCGUGCAGAACGAACGGAAUUUGCCGCGUUGUUGGAGGCCGAGCAGAGUGUCAAUAUCCGGAAUGUGUCAUCAAUUCGGACUGCUCGCCCAAUCGGGCAUGCUUCAACCAGAAGUGUCGAGAUCCGUGCGUCGGAGCAUGUGGAGUCAACGCCAUCUGUAACGUGGUCAACCAUGCACCAAUUUGUUCAUGCCCGGAACGUCACGUCGGCUCACCAUUUGUGCAGUGUAACCGACAGAUGGAUCCUGUGCCGCAGCCAGAAUGUGUGAGCGACGAUCAAUGUACCAACGACAAGGCUUGCAUCAACCAGCAGUGCGUGAAUCCGUGCUCUGCUAGCAACGGAUUGUGUAAUCUGAACGCCGAAUGUCGAGUACAGUUCCACCGGGCUAUAUGUACGUGCCGCGACGGCUACACCGGAAACGCUCAGAUUGCUUGCUACGAAAUCGGGUGCCGAUCGGAUUCGGACUGUCCGGCAACGGAGGCCUGUGUGAACAAGAACUGCAUCGACCCGUGCCGAUACACCCAGUGUGGACGCAAUGCCGUUUGCAAAACUGACUACAACCACAACGCACGAUGCCACUGCAUCGACGGCUACCGAGGUAACGCUCUGACGGGUUGUACGCGACCCGAAUGUACGCGGGACGACGAGUGCCCGUACCAUCUGUCCUGCCAGAACGAACAGUGCCGAGAUCCGUGCGAUUGUGCACCGGGUGCCCAGUGCAGAGUUGACAACCAUCGGGCGUCGUGCAGAUGCCCUCCCGGAUACACGGGAGAUGCCAGCUUUGCCUGCGAGAAGAUACCAGUUCGCGAUCCGGACCAAUGUAAGAUGGACGCCGACUGUUCGAGCCGGUUGGCUUGCUUCAGUGGAACGUGCAAGAAUCCAUGCCUCGAGGCGAAACCGUGCGCCCAGCAUGCCGUUUGUACCGUCCAGGACACACUGCCGCUGCGUACAAUGUACUGCGUGUGCGAGGAAGGUUACGUGGGCGAUGCCGAAAAACAAUGCCUGCCAGUAUCACCAAUCCAACCGGGAUGCAGUUCGGACAUCGAAUGCGCAGCGACCGAGACGUGCCGCAACCGGGCGUGCGUAAAUCCGUGCACGGAGUUCAACCCGUGCGCACGCACGGCCGAGUGUUUGGCCCAGAGCCACAAGGCCAUCUGUUCCUGCCCGGUCGGAAUGGUGGGCGAUCCGUUCCAGAACUGCUACCGCGAGCCGGUAAUCACGCCGGAGUGCACGGUGGACUCGGAGUGUCCCAGCAAUCGGGCUUGCAUCAACCAGAAGUGUCAGGAUCCGUGCGCCGAUGGAAAUCCGUGCGCCGGAAAUGCCGAAUGCCGCACGUUGACGCACCGUCCGCUGUGCAUGUGCCCGCAGGGAUGGGGAGGCGACCCUAAGGUUCAGUGUUACAAGCCGGAAUGUCAACGCGACAGCGACUGCCCGUACGACAAGGCGUGCUACAACGACAAGUGUUUGAACCCGUGCACAUACGGCGCGACGCAGUGUGGCAGGGGAGCCGAAUGUCUCGCGCAGGGACACCGUGCCAACUGCAUCUGUCCGGCGGGUACCCAGGGUAACCCGUUGAUUUCAUGCGUGACCGGUCUGUGCCAGUACAACGAAGAUUGCGCAGAUCACGAGGCUUGCGACCGACUGAACCGGGUGUGUCGACCCGUGUGUGACGAUGAGACGUGUGCGUCUCGGGCGACGUGCAUUGGCCGGAACCAUCAGGCAACGUGCGAGUGUGCAUCUGGAACCAGAGGCAACCCGUACGUGGAGUGCGCUCGAGAUGAACCGGAACCAGUGUGUCGUACGGACGGUGACUGUCCUUCGCAGCAAGCCUGCAUCAACAGCAUGUGCUCGAAUCCGUGUACCGUGAUCAGCCCAUGCUCGAGACAGCAAUCGUGUUCGGUUGUCGAUACGCUACCACUGCGGACGAUGAUCUGCGCCUGCCCAACCGACAUGUUGGUCGACGCAAACGGUCAAUGUAAACCGAUUGUGGUAGAAGGAUGUCGCAAGGACAACGAUUGCCCAGACACCGACCGCUGCAUGCGAGGACAGUGUAUGCUGGCUUGCCGCGCCGAACCAUGCGGAGUGAACGCACAGUGCGUAUCCAGCGGACAUCGGGCCAAGUGUUCGUGUGCCUCGGAAUACGUAGGAAAUCCACACAUCGAGUGUACACCGGAGGGACGAGUACCGAGCCCGAAGGAAUGUUCCGUGGACGACGACUGCCCGCUGGACCGAUCCUGCCUGAACGAGCGUUGCAUCAACCCGUGCACGCAGGACGUCUGCGGACGAGGAGCCAUUUGUCACGUGCAGCUGCACAAUGCCGUGUGCAACUGCCCAGCUGGAUACAAGAAGGACGCCAACAACAACUGCGUACCACCGGUUGCCGACCUGCCCAAGUGUCGCGCCAACUCGGACUGCGCCACCAGUGAGACCUGCGUCAACGAGAUCUGCGCCAAUCCGUGCAACUGCGGCCAGAACGCCGAUUGCUACGUGAAGGACCACUACCCGGUGUGCAGCUGCAAGCCGGGCUACUCUGGAAACGCGCAGUUUGGUUGCUUCAAGCUGGGUUGCCAGUCGGACAGCGAGUGUGCCAACGACAAGCAGUGCUACAACGGCGAGUGCCUGAACCCGUGCGCGCUGGAGAAUCCAUGUGCGUUGAACGCGGAGUGCUUCGGAGACAAGCAUCGAGCGGCGUGUCGCUGUCUGCCGGGGCUGGAGGGCAAUCCGUUUGUACAAUGUCGCCGAGUCGAGUGUCACUUUGACGGAGAGUGUCCGGACAACAGGGCCUGCUUGCAAGAGCAGUGUAUCGAUCCGUGCAGCGAGAUGGCACCAUGUGCUCAGAAUGCGAUUUGCUUUACCCGAGGACAUGCGCCGCACUGCAAGUGUCCGGACCAUUUGCCGGACGGGAAUCCGUUCUCGUUCUGCGAACGACGCGUGGUGCAACACAAGCCGGAAUGUACAAUGGAUACGGACUGUCCCAGCCGAUUGGCAUGCAUCAACAACAAGUGUGUCGAUCCGUGCAGGGAACUCGAGCCAUGUGCCAGGUCAGCCAAGUGUACCGUGCUGGAUUCGGUUCCGGUGCGAACCAUGGUUUGCGAAUGUCCGGAACUGCACGUGCCAGAUGUGAACGGUGAAUGUAAACGAAUCGUGCUGCAGACUCCGCCGGAGUGUUCCAGUGAUUCGGAAUGCUCGGAUAAGGAGGCUUGUAUCAAUCGACAGUGCAGGAAUCCGUGCAACUGCGGUGAUCACAGCACAUGUAUGGUAAAGAACCACCGAGGAAUUUGCUCGUGCGAGGAUGGAUACGAAGGAAAUCCGAACAUUGCAUGUAGAACGAUCGGAUGCCGAAUUGAUUCCGAGUGUGAAUCGGGUAAGGCUUGCAUCAACGGAAAUUGCGUAAAUCCUUGCUUGGAUAACAACCCUUGCGGAAUCAACGCCGAAUGCUACGCCGUAUCGAGUCACGCAGAGUGCAGAUGUCUGAGCGGAUAUCGCGGAAAUCCGAUGGUACAGUGUACGGUCGUCGAGUGCCGCAGCAACAACGAUUGUCCGAACGACAAGCAGUGCCGUAACACGCAGUGUGUCGAUCCGUGCAUAUACGAUAGCUCGUGCUCACCGAGGGCAGAAUGCAAGGCACAGAACCAUCUAGCCGUUUGCAGAUGUCCAGCGGGACUGGUUGGCAAUCCGUACGUGGACUGCCGACCGGAGAUCAUUCCAGAGUGUGUGUACGACACGGAUUGUCCGUCGCACUUGGCCUGUAUCGAGAACAAGUGCGUUGAGCCAUGCGGUGCUUUGGAGCCAUGCAAUCGACCAGCGAGAUGCGAAGCAAUUCCGUCGUCGCCGGUGCGUACGAUGAUCUGCAUAUGUCCGGAUGGAUACGUGAGCAGUGGAAGUGGAACGUGCAAACCGGUUGUCAAAUCGGGUUGUAUUUCCGAUUCGGACUGUUCGAGCGAUACCGCUUGCAUCAACAGCAUUUGUAGAAACCCUUGCAACUGUGGACCGAAUGCCGAGUGCCGAAUCAAGGACCACAAACCGGUGUGCUCGUGCAAGCAAGGAUUCGACGGUAAUCCGGAGAUUGAAUGCAUCAAGAUUGAGUGUCGCGUUGACGACGAUUGUUCCAGUCAGCACUCGUGCUUGAACCGGCAGUGCAUCCCGGUGUGUUCGCUGGACACGUGCGGACGACAAGCCGAAUGCUACGCCCAGAACCACAGAGCGAUCUGUGAGUGCCUGCCAGGGUACGAGGGCGAUCCGCGCGCCACCUGUAGACUGUUGGGAUGUCGAGCCGAUUCGGACUGCCCACUGGACAAGGCGUGUAUCAACCAGAAGUGUGAAAACCCUUGCGAGAACCAAGCGAUCUGCGCCCAGAACGAGCUGUGCCAGGUGUACCAGCAUCGGCCCGAGUGCGCCUGUCCGCCACCAUUCGAAGCGGAUCCGAUCCGAGGAUGUGUGCUGCGUGACGAACGGUGCCGAACCGACGGUGAGUGCCCCUCGCAGACGGCUUGCAUCCAGGGUGAAUGUGUCAACCCGUGCAACGUAACGGAACCGUGCGGCGUCAACUCGAUGUGCAAGGUGCUGGACACGCUGCCCGUGAGGACCAUGAUUUGCGAGUGUCUGCCGGGAUACCAAGGAAAUGCGGCCGUCCAGUGCGACAAGAUGGCCCUUUGCCCAACGGACAGAGGCUUCGUCCGUAACGCCAACGGUGAGUGCGCAUGCCCACCCGGCUACGGACUGUCCAUCUACGAGGACUGCCAGAUAUGUCGCGAAGAGGACGGCCUCAAGAUUGACGAAACGGGACGGUGCGUGUGUGCGCUGGAACGGGGCAUGGUAAUCGACGAGCGGGGCCGUUGCAUCUGCCCGAUCGAUUAUGGCUACCGGCUAACGGAACGGGGCGAGUGCAUCCGUACGGCCGUGCCCGAGUGUACACGCGACAGCGACUGUCCCGACUGGCGCCACUGUCACCAGGAGACGAGAACGUGCGAAGAUCCGUGCAAGACGAAGAUCUGCGGCAAGAACGCGCUGUGCAAUGCAACGAAUCAUCAGGCGAUCUGCCAGUGUAUCGCAGGGUACACCGGUAAUCCGGAGGAGCAUUGCAAUCAAACAACCAACUUCCGCACGGACUUCCCACAACCGGAAAUGCAAGUAACGUGCCAAGCGGACGGCGUUCAGGUGGUUAUCGACCUGAUGGAGUCCAACUUUAACGGUGUGCUGUACGUGAAGGGCCACAGCAAGGACGAAGAGUGCCGACGGGUGGUGAACCUUGCCGGCGAUGCGUCCCAGCGGACGCAGAUCUUCAAGGUGCACUUUGGCAGCUGUGGUCUGAUUCACGUCAACGGAAUCGCCAGCUUCGUGCUGGUCAUUCAGAAGCAUCCGAAGUUGGUCACGUACAAGGCGCAGGCCUACCACAUCAAGUGCGUGUACCAGACCGGAGAGCAGAACGUCACGCUUGGCUUCAACGUGCAGAUGCUGACGACGGCCGGUACGAUCGCCAACACCGGUCCGCCGCCAACGUGUGCCAUGCGAAUCGUUGCCUUCAACGGAGAGGAGAUCGUGUCCGCUGAAAUCGGUGACAAUUUGCGACUGCAGGUCGAAGUGCAGCCAGCGACAAUCUACGGAGGGUUCGCUCGCAGCUGCGUCGCCAAAACGAUGGAAGACAGCGUCGAGAACGAGUACAUUGUGACGGACGAAAAUGGAUGCGCCACAGAGCCGAGCAUCUUCGGGGACUGGGAGUACAACGCCGAAACGAACAGCCUGCUGGCGAGUUUCAACGCGUUCAAGUUCCCCUCGAGCGACAACAUCCGCUUCCAGUGUAACAUUCGGGUGUGCUUCGGCAAGUGUCAACCGGUCAACUGCCACGGGGCGAACGCGUACGGCAAGCGGCGACGUCGGGCAAUUACCGACGCGAACGAGAUCGAGAUGCUGCUGAACAGGACGAGACGUGCGACGAGCAGCAGCUCGACGGCGCUGGCCGGCGACGACGAUGAGCUCGGUAUCGAGGGAACACUGCGAGAGGAGAUCACGAUCCAGUCGAACGCGAUUCUGACGCUGGAUCGCAGGGAGGAGCGUUCGUACGACUCUGAUAAUAUCACUCCCGCCGCUCAACGUGUCGAAGAUAUCUGCGUGUCGAUGAUCGGUCUGAUCAUCGCGCUGGUCAUCACAGCGCUGCUAGCACUGGUUGCCGUUGCCGUGGCCGUGUCCUGCUGGCUGAUGGCCUACCGAAGGCGUCCAACUGUCACGGGACCGCUGCCGCAUCCGCCCGAGUUCCCAAAUCCGCUGUUCGCGCAUCACGAACCGUCGGAACCGUCACACCACGACUACAUGACGUAAGCAAAAGCAAAACCAUACAAUACCAAGAGUAAAACAACGAAAUCGAACGAAAGUAUAGGUUAGGAAAGGUCGAAAGACAAAAAAAAAGACGAUACUGUAAAUAUGUAUGAUUAGAGAGUACACAAUUUUAGAAGUAUGUAAGCGACAGUGACACACCAACUUAGGCAAUAGAACGACGGUGCUCUAACCUCAAUGCAAACGCACUGUCCAACGGCCUGUUGCAUACCAUGCAGGCCCGCGAAAGAAACACGAUUUAGGUUAGAUCGUUUUUAUAUAUUAACACAGGCGGAAUACCGAGAGUCCAGACCAAAGGAGCCGGCUCAGCUCGAACCUUGCCGGGAUUCGGCGGUUCAACCUCAUGUAAAAAGCAAUCUCUAAACGUCGAGAGACUUGACGAACUCGGGCUAACCUCAACCUCGUUAGAAAUUAGAACACAUAGAAGCCCAAUUUGUCUCGUUUCUCGACACGAAAAUCCAACCGGCGAGUCCUCGGGGAACGACUGAGCUUCAAACGAGUACUUUUGGUCUCAAUGGGUUCGAGGUAUUCCGAACGCAAAUCCGAGCAUCUCCUCCGCGGGUCGUUACUAGUCUUUUAUUUAUUAAUGUUAUUAUCGUACUAAGUAAGAGAUGGAUACCCCUCCCUCGUCCUGUUUAGAAACAAACAACUUUUUCUAUCCCCUUCGACGUCCAUUCCUCUAAGGUGGAGGGCCCUCGUGUUUCUUCCGUACUAUUUCGUCCCUUACGAUCUUGUGUGUCCUUUCUCUUUGGCUUUACAACGAAGCAGAUACCGUAUUGCCAUAUAUUGUUCAGCGAAUCUUCACUCUUCCACCAGCACUGAGUCUCGAGAACACUCUCAGCAAAAGCACGCACUCACGACUAGAUUCCUUCCAAAAGUGAACAAUAUUAUCGGUGUUAUUCUAUUAAUAUAAUUGUUUUAGUUGUAAUUUAUUAAAAUUUUAUGAAUAUACAGAAAGAAAACACAUCUCGACCCUCGGAGGAUUUGCGUACCCCUAGGUUUAGUAACACAGAGAGCAAGAAAAUUAUAGGAGAAAAAUGUGUUGUAUUAUACUACAGACAGAGGUGAAUAAAAAAAAGAACGUAGUCAUUUUAUAGCUAAUCUCAUAUCAAGAAAAAGUAACGAAACUAUACAAGAGAUUUGCACGUAGACAAAAGAAAACUGCCAUUCAAAUUCCAAAAUGCGCGUGUCCACGUGGGCGGAACCCAACUCAAGCUCCCGCUUUUCCCCGCUUCGAAAACGAAAAUGUGAAAGAAGCAGCGAGCUUUCAGCUAUUUUCGUUUUCGCUGCGGGAAAAACGAGGAGCAACGCCCCUCAAAAGAACGCGACCAUGUAAGCGAAAAGAAAAAUAGUUCACUAAAAGUUCUUCUCUACACAUAAAUACGAAUGCUGCUAACGGUCAACACUAAACUGCCCCCUUUGAAAAUACUGCACAACGAUGUGUUUAUAGUUUUUUGAAUACAGCAUUAAAACCUUUUAACUAACUAGCUCGCGCAAGUCUCCAAGAGACAGAACGUAGCACAACACCUCUGAAACGGCAGAACGGCGGUUAUUUGUUGUCUUUUGUUUUGUUUUUUGGCAAUACUUUAUUAUCUCUACCCUUGAAAAAAAAUUCCUAAAGCAACCGAAAUCGCGGCUUUUUUUAACGCCCCUAUAUAUUUAUGUUUACUGCAAAAAGAAAACUGAUAAUAACGUCAACUAUUAAGACUGGAUUAACAUUAACUGAGAGGUAAUUAAAAAUAUAAACGAAAAAAAUAUCAAAAAGAGAUAAUCUAUUCCUACUAUAAAGAAAAUAACACUACCUACCGCUAUACCUUCACGCAGACACAGUCUAUUGCGAAUUUUCCAACCCAGUGUAAUAUUUUUUUAUCGAGAAAAAUGUAAAGUUUAUCUGUAGCAUGUGAAUGUCACCUCAAAGAAAAGCGUUAAUAAAAUGAAAAUGAUACUAAUAAAAA